CCACGGGGAGCAUGCUCAGUUUCCCCAGUGCCGGCAACGGAGGAGGAGCGAGCAGCCGAAGACGCCGCCAGCCUGAGGAUGGAGAUGCCGGUGGGAGACGCAGACGCCGCCCCCGCGCGCGAGGAGAGGAAGGCGGCGGCGGAGGAGGAGGAGCAGGAGCGCAAGGGGGCGGCGGGGGGUCCGCGGCCGCCGCGGCCGGAGGGUCAGCCGGUGGGCGUGGAGGGGGCGGCGGCAGCGGCGGCGGCGUUUCCAAGAAGAGCCCCUGGCACUGCGCCCUCGGCUCGGGCAGGUGCCGUGGCGCGCCUGGGCUCUGCCGGGCGCCGGGGCGCAGCGCCCAAGGAGCCGCCGCCCAGGAAGAAGAAGGGUCCCGCGGCUCCGGGGCCUCGGCCGCACCCGCGCAGGAACCCGCGACCCGUAACGGUGGACAGCUCCAAGGCGCGCACCUCGCUCCAGCCGCUCAAGCGCAGCCUCAAGCUGCUGCGUUGGAAAGAGGUAAGCGGGGAAGGGCGCGGGGAGAGGACCCAGCACCCCCAUGCCUUGGCCUGGAGGGAAGCCCCCUUCCCCGUCGCAAGAGCAGCUCCGCAGCUGGAGCAGACCGCGGGUAGAACGGGACUCCAACUCCCAUCAUGCCCUGCCGUUGGCCUGGCUGGUGGGGGCUGAUGGGAGUUGGAGUCUUGGCGCAGCUGGAGGGACGCAGGUUCGCCCAUCCCUGAGCCGCCGCACACAGUAGAAGCCCCCGCCCUAAUCUGGGGGUGGGCAGGCCGCACGGCAUGGGGAUCUGGAGUGGGACCCUGCUGUGCAACUCAUUGCCCACAGGCACUAAGUUUGGCUCUUGGAUGACUUUGGACGUAUAAUAAUAGAAUUUUAUUUAUAUCCUGCCCUCCCCAGCCGAAGCCGGACUCAGAGCGGCUAACAACAGUAAAAUAAUACUUGGUUGGCCACUGUGAGAACAGGAUGCUGGGCUAAGAGGCGGAGCUAGCUGCUCCAGCACCCAGAGCGGUGCAAGCUGGGCACCUGGGGGCGGGGCUAGCCAUCCCAGGGGGGUGGAGCGGUGAUGUCACCCCCUCUCAGGGGUGUCCCCCCCAGGUGGGCUGCAUCCCGCUUACUCCUCCAGUGGCUGGGCUGCAUGGGCCUGAUCCUGCAGCUGGGCUCUUCUUAGCUUAUUAAGUUUCUACACCACCCUUCAUCCGAGGACCACAGGGCAGUUUGCAGUAUAAAAACACGAAAACACCUACUAUAAUAGCAGUACCCCCACCCCGCAAUUUAAGAGGGCGGAGAGUAAAUUAAGCUUAUCCCCACAGUUGCCCCCUCCCCCGUUGUGUGUUCAGCUAACACUGACUUGGUUCAUUCCAUGCUAUGAUUUAUUAAACUAUGGUUUCUAUGAUCUUCUGAACACUGUGCAGCGACUUUUAACUAUGGUUUGUUUGUUGCCAGCCAACCAACCAGGAUCUGAAACCAGAGCUUGUUGUUAAAGUACAAACCUUGGUUUGUAUUGACCGUGGUUUGGCAAACUCAUAGUGUACGCCAGCCUUCACCAACAGCUGGAGGGCACUGGCUGGGCAAAGGCUGGUGUCCAUGCAGCUUUGAUUAUGCAUCAGUUCCCUGAAGACAGGAUCUCUCUUUUCUUUUGUGCAGUGGCAACACAGUCUAACUUUUCUGAUGUGGUUUCUCUUCUUCCCGGUAAACAAAUGAACUUUGCAAGGCUCCAGGCUCUUCCUGGAACACAUCUCUAUCUGCAUUUAAGGGAGCCUGGCUAAAUGUUUAGAACAUCAGCCCCUUGCCACAUGGCCAAGGAUGAUGGAUGCAAGCAAAACGUCUAUCUAUCUCAAAACGCUGCUUUGGACACCAGCUCCCGUCAGUCCCCACCAGCAUAGGAAAGUUGGGGAAGUCUAAACUGGACACGUACCAGGACCUCCUGGCGUGUGUUGCGUUUUGCAGCUCUGGGUCAAUGAUUUCGCCUUGCUUUCCUCAUAAUGUCUAGAUGAGCACAAUGCUUAUUGUGACAUCACUGCAACGUGCAAUGCCUUUGACCUCACUGCUGGCAACCAGUGAGGCAGGAAUGGACCCCAGCUAAAUGGUGCCUUUCUGGUUUUCAUUGUGUAGCCAUUGACCAGGAGUAGAGCAGAGUCCAACCCUUGCACUGGUACCCAGGAACAAACCUGGGCUGUCCCCCCCCCCGCUUUUUCCUGCAAACAGAGUGGAAACAAUAAAAAAUUGACAUUCCUCAAUUUGGCUAGUACUGAAGCCAUUCAUCAUGCCGCUCAUUAGUUUUAUUUAUUUCUUAAGAACCUAUGAAGAGCCGCUGCUGGAUCAGGCCACAGGGGCCCUAUGUAGCCCAGCAUCAUCUUCUCACAGUGGCCAACUAGAUGUCCACUGUGGGAAACCUGCAAGCAGGAUGCAAACACAAGAGCCCACCGAGGAUGGUGGGGCAAGCAGAAGGGUCUUCUCCGUCCCCCUCCCAUGAAUUUGCUCCAUAGAACUCGUGGUGGCACAAAAGGUUAUCACCCCCCCCCUUUUUUAUCAUUGGGCGAGGAGACCCAGACCACACACUGAGCUUCAUGACUGACUGGAGACUUUGUUGUUGUUUUUUACCAUAUUUUUUAUUGAGUUUUCCAUAUCACAUUUCAUUUUCGUUAUGUAAAUCCAUAACUUAAAAUAUUGCUCAGAAAGAGCAUCAACCUCCCUCCCUCCCUCUGAAUUCCACAUAUCUUUAACAAAUCCAUCGAAUUUCUAUAACUACUUUUUUACCUGGUAUCAAUUCCCCCCUUCCUUUGGUUUCUCCCCCCCCCCCAUAAUUUUUAUUAAAUUUUCCACAGUUGUAAUAAAUAUUGCAACAAACAUUGCACAACCAAAGGUCAAACCAGAGCAAACACACACAAAAAAUACAUCAAAGAAAAACAACAACAAACAAACAAUAAAAACGAACUUAAUUGUUAAAAAAACCCAACCUUAUGAACAUGUUAAUUGACUUCCUCUAGUGCCUCCCUUCUGAGUUUCCUUGUAUCUGGAUGUAACAGCUUUCCAAUAUCAUUAUUAAACAGCAAUAUUCCAAUUAUAAUCAAAUUUAUUCACUUUUCUUACUGUUCUCAAUCCUAUUUAAUUAAAUCCUAAUUUACUCCUAGGCCAAUUUAGUAAUUUCAAGUAAUUUCUAAUUUUUUAUAUUACAAUAUUUAUUCAAAUAGUCCUUAAAUUUCCUCCAAUCUUCUUGAUACUCCUCUUCUCUCUGGUCGCGGAUUCUUCCAGUCAGGUCGGCUAGCUCCAAAAAGUCCAUCAUCUUCAUCUGACAAUCUUCCACUGUUGGUAGUUCUUGUGUUUUCCAAUUUUUAGCUAGUAAAAUUCGAGCAGCUGUUGUGGCAUACAAAAAUAAUUUAACAUCUUUCUUGGGCAAUUCCAAACCUGUUAUUCCAAGAAGAAAGGCCUCUGGUUUCUUAAUAAAUGUAUAUUUCAACAUUUUUUUCAAUUCAUUAUAAAUCUUCUCCCAGUCUUUUACCUUGGGACAGGUCCACCACAUAUGAAAAAAGGUACCUUCUUUUUCUUUACAUUUCCAGCAAAGAUUAUCACUAUUGUGAUAAAUCUCUGCCAAUUUUACAGGGGUUAAGUACCACCUAUACAUCAUUUUCAUAAUAUUUCCCUUUAACAUUGUAUAUGCAGUAAACUUAACCCCUUUCUUCCAUAACCUCUCCCAAUCCUCCAACAUUAUAUUAUGUCCCACAUCUCUUGCCCAGUCAAUCAUUACCGAUUUAACUUGUUCAUCCUUUGUAUGCCACUCCAACAGCAAGUUAUACAUUUUAGACAUAUUCUUGACUUUGGUAUCUAACAACUCCGUUUCCAAUUUGGUUUUUUCAAUCUUAUAUAAUUCAUUAAUCUGAUAAUAUUGUAGCCAAUUCACUUUCUUUAAUUUGUUCAAACGGUUUUAAUUUAAAACCUUCCUGAUUCUCUAACAAUAAAUCUGAGUAUCUCAACCAUUUAUUUUCCAUAUUUAACUUUUUUGGGGCCUGUGCUUACAUUGGCGAAAUCCAUUUGGGUGUUUUUCAUACUAAGAGAUCUGUAUAUCUGCUCCAUACAUUAUAUACCUGGUAUCAAUUUUUAACAUUCACCCUCUUAUAUGUAAAUUAGCUCCUUAAUUUCACAUUACCAAACAUUUCGUGUUAAAGCUGCAAACGUUUUCAAAUGUUUACAAUUUUCUUUCAAAUAAAGUAUAAAUUUGCUCCAGUCCUUCUGAAACAGUUCAUCACGCCGAUUCUGGAACUUCCCUGUCAGCUUUGCCAGCUGACUGAGUGGAGACUUUAAUUGCACUCCAGGAUUUUGUCCCCUGGGCCAUGCAGGCAACGUGUUUUGGGGAGGGUCUCCUUUCCGUAGAAGAGUACAGCAAAGGGGUAUUUGUUUUUGUUUUGUUUUUAUUUAUUUAUUUUCCCAUUCUUUAUGAUCACACUUUCAUCCAGGGAUGUCGAAUAACGUACAAAAAAUAAUAAUAAUUCAGCCGAAAAUCUAACAAUAACGUGCAUCAAAAUCAUCCUCCUAUUAGAUAUACAUAACAGUAUAUACUUUUGUCCCUACUCAUUUAUCCUAAUUUCCCCCUCACUUCCUCCCUCCCCCCAAAAUUGUUCUCUCUUCAAAUCUUUAACCAUGUGCACAGAUUAUUCAUUCUAAUUUGGAUGCUUGCGUUGGCUUCCCCCCCAUGCUAUCCAAUUCCUAUAACUUGUCCAUUAAUUCAAAAUCUUUUGACAUUUGUUUUCCCAUGUAUCUGCCGCCAUUACCUGUUCAAAUAUAUCAGAUUGUAUAUAUUCAAAAACAUAAUAAUUCAAUUUUUCCAUUGUCCAUUUAUCUUUCUCUUUCCAUCCUAAUGCAAUAACAAGCAUACCAGCUAAGAUCAUAAUUUUAUACCAAAGAGUAUAGAUAAAAUAAAAACGGGUAAAUAUAAAGAAUUAAAUAGGAAAUUCCUAUUGAAAUGGUAUCGAACCCUGGCGCAACUGGCAUAUAUAGUUAAAGGAUUGAGUCCUAAGUGUUGGCAUUGUGGUUAAGAGUUAGGGGUAUAUGCACAUAUGUGGUGGGAGUGUAUUUGUGUAAAGGAAUAUUGGCAGAAGAUUAUAAAAGCUAUUUCUGAUGUAUUUCAGGUUAAGAUAGAAGUCAAUAGAGAAAUGCCUAUCUCAGGAAUACGGGGGAAUAGUAAAAUAGAAAGCAAAGGAGUAUUUGUCAUCAGUGCCCUGGCCUUGUGUGUUUCUGCCAGACAGACCCUGGUCUGUAUGGCUCUCUGUCCUCAUUCCAGGCCCCCAGCCUCAAUUGCUCUUCCUCUGUGUCCCUGCCUUCCUCCUCUUAUCUGUACCUGUGUUUGUAAUUAUGGUUCUCAUUCUAGCUGUCUUGUGGCUGGACCUCUCCAGUCUCGCUGGGCCUCAGAAGCCUGGCUGCCUUUGCUGUGGUCAGUGGCUGUUGCGUCAUCAGUAGCCGUGAUUCCUGCAUUGUAGGAACAUGGACUAUCUAGAUGGCCCUUGCGAGUCCCUUCCAACUUUGUAAUUCCAUGAAUGUAAUUCCUGCUCAUGUCGUUGGCAACACACAAAUCGCCGGCUGCCCCCUUGUUUACCUAUGAUUGCAUGAGAACGUAUGCAAGUUCAUAAGCAAAAUUGACUUAUUUAUUUCAGGGGUGGAGAGUCUGCAGCUCUCCCAAGUAAUAUUUGGUUCCCUCUCCCUGCAGCCAGCAUGGCCAGUGGUCAGGCAUGAGGGCCAUUGCGGCACACAAGCCUCUGGAGGGCCACAGACUUAUUUAUUCUAGUUAGCUUGACCCCAUUGUUUUAGGAAAGUGGUUUUGUUUUGUUUCUUGAGCGCUUUGGACCUUCCACCUGUAGCAUUUGUGCACCAGAGGGAAAUGCCUUGCACCCUAUUUUCACACCUUGCCCAGAGUUUCUCCCAGGGGCCACGCUGGGGGCCCCCACGGGAAGGCCCCCCCGGCAGGACAUGGAGGAGGCAACGGCCUUCGCCCUCUCCUGCCCCCCAGCAGUUGGCAAUCGGUGGGAUAAAGACCUCUGAGCAGCCAGGCUCUCAGCAGCACCCGGCCCCAUUAGUCACGGGACUCCAACUCCCAUCAUCCCCCACGGUUGGCAGCGCUGGCUGGGGAUGACGGGACUUGGAGUCCAGCAGUAUCUGGAAGGCCCCUCGUUCCUUGUCUCCGCUUUAGAGGGAAGCAGAACAGAGAAGGAAAGAGCAGAGGUGGAAGGCACCCCAGGGGUCAUCUAGCCCAACCCCAGCAAUGCAGGAAUCACGGCUGAGGAAUCCCCUGACAGGUAGCCAUCCAACUUCUGCUGCACUACAAUUUAAUAAUAAUAAAAAUAAAAAUAAAUUUUAUUUAUACCCCACCCUCCCUGGCCGGAGCUGGGCUUAGGGCGGCUAGCACCAGUAAAAUAACAGUAAAAACAUAAUAGAAAAAAAGCAAUUUAAAAUACAGGUUAAAAUGCAAUUUAAAAUGCAGUCUCAUUUUAAAAAUAGCCCAUAGAUCAAAACCGUAAGGGGAGGGAAACAUAAGGGUCAGACUGAGUCCAGACCAAAGGCCAGGCGGAACAGCUCUGUCUUGCAGGCCCUGCGGAAAGAUAUCAAGUCAAUUUAGUUAUUGCAUUUACCUUUUCCUUCCAGGAGCUCAUGGUAGUGUACGUGGGUUCUCCCCCUCAUCAUUUUAUUCCCACAACAAUCCCGUGAGGUAGGUUUAGUAGGAGAGAGAGAGAGAGAGAGGGGAAGGAAGACUGGCCCAAGGUCACCCAGCUGGUUCAUGGCUGAGUGCGGAUUUGAACUCUGGUCUCCCAUGCCCUAGUCCAUUGCUCUAACCACUACACCACAUGAUUCUUCAGGUUUGUGUCAUCCCUGACCAUUGGCCGUGCUGGCUGGGGGCUUGGUGAGAGCUUGGUCUUCUGCAAAUGUGGAAAUACUCCUCUUUCUUUUUAUAAUUGUUGCCACAUGCCCAGUGCUGUAGAAAUUCAAUAUGAUGGUGGUGGUGGUGGUGAUUGCUGCUGAGUGCUAGGUGUUGUGCAAACAUUGAAAAUGCCAUAGUGAGGCUGCAUGGUGUGUGUGCCAAAAUAUCUGAUGGAACACACCAUGAAGCCAUCUGCUAGGGUUUCUUUAUCUGUGAUUGAAGGGGGUUGGACUAGAUGACCCCUGGGUCCCUUCCAACUCUACAAUUCUAUGAUCCUUUGAGCAAUAGCUACCAGUUGCCAUGAAAGUUCUAUUAGGAGCAACAGGACCUCUCUCUGUCUCUCUUUCACGAGUUCACACCCACAGGAGGCAACAACUUUGUAAAAUCAUGCACCAUCUAAAAAUGAGGGAAGUGUACCUUUUUCUUCAGAAUUACUGUUUUCAGUCAUUUAUGAGGAUUAAUUUAACUUAACCUACUAAAAUUUCAUUAAUUGGGUGAGAACCCUGGUAAAAGCAUCUUUUUGUCUAAGGCUAUAAUCUCUUCAGAAUUUAAGAACAUACGACAAAUACUGCUGGAUAAAUAAAUAAUAAAUAAUUUAUACCCCGCCCUUCCCGGUUCAGAAAACCGGGCUCAGGGUGGCUAAUAACAAAUUUAUAACACUUAAUUGAUGCAACAAAAAACAGCAUAAAAACGUGAAUAACAAUAAAUUCAGAAUUCAAAAGUCAAUUUAGGGGGGGAAAUCCAUCCAGUAAACAUUAGAUGAUCACCAGGGCUAGCUGGCUAAAUUAGUCCUAUUUGGGCCAGUGAGGAGACCAGGGGAGAAUUAGCUGUGGGAUCCCAGAGUGGGUAAUCUUCAUAAAAAGGGGAGGGGGAGGGAAGAGAAGAGAAAUAAAAGAUCAGGCUAAGUUCCAGUUGAAAGCCAGGUGGAAUAGCUCUGUCUUACAGGCCCUGCGGAAUGGAUGAGGCCAGUGACCUAUUUGGCCCCUACAGCAUCCUGUUCUGGGAGAGGCCACCAGGUGCCCCACUGGGAAUUCCACAAACAGGGCAUGAGCACAACAGCAGCACACCCACUGCCCCCCGCCCCUGCUUACGACAUCCAGAUGCCCUCCAUCUCCAACAGAGAGGCUUUGUGAGUAGUAGCUACUGGUAGCCUUAUCCUUCAUCUGUUCAAUCCCCCCCGUCGGUGCCAGUACCACUUCUGGAUAACUGAACUCAUCCAUUCUUCAUUCAGGGCAGAUCCAAAACACUGUCUAAUGCAUAAAGGUAAAGGGACCCAUGACCAUUAACUCUAGUUGUGACCGACUCUGGGGUUGUGGCGCUCAUCUGGCUUUACUGGCUGAGGGAGCCGGCGUACAGCUUCUGGGUCAUGUGGCCAGCAUGACUAAGCUGCUUCUGGUGAACCAGAGCAGCGCACGGAAAUGCCGUUUACCUUCCCGCCGGAGCGGUGCCUAUUUAUCUACUUGCACUUUGACAUGCUUUCGAACUGCUAGGUGGGCAGAAGCAGGGACUGAGCAACGGGAGCUCACCCCGUCAAGGGGAUUCGAACCACCGACCUUCUGAUUGGCAAGUCCUAGGCUCUGUGGUUUAACCCCCAGCGCCACCCACGUCCCUCCUAAUGCACACUCCACACCAUAUUACAAACUUUGCAGGUCUUAAUUGGGAUGUUUGUGCAUUGAAAAGCCAAUUAUUUUUUUUAACAAAAUCAUAAGAGGAGCCCCUAGGAAAUUAUUGCCUUGCGGGGGGCUGGACUAGAUGACUUGUGGCAAUUCACUAUUGCUGCAGGGACAAAGUCUUUGUGACAGUUUUAAGGUACCUCUAGUGGAUUGCCAUUGCUGCUUGGGGAUUAAAAGAAUUCUGGUGCCUAAUACAGUCAUACCUCGGGUUACAGGCUCUUCGGGUUGCAUUUUUUCGGGUUACGGACCCACCGAAACCCGGAAGCGCUAAAUCGUGCUUUGUGCAUGGGCAGAAGCGCCAAAUCGCAACCCACUCAUGCGCAGAUGCAACGGUGCAGGUUGCAAACGCUGUGGGUUGCGAACAUGCUUCCUGCACGGAUCAUGUUUGCAACCUGAGCGUCCACUGUACUGAAUUCCUCAGAGCAGGUACAGACUUUAACCUGAACAGACUCAAAUUUGUGGUUCUUUUUUUUAAAAAAAACACACAAAAUUACAGACAGAAUACUUUAACCUCCUUUGGGGCAGCAGUCUGUCUGUCCGUCUGUCUAUCUAUCUAUCUAUCUAUCUAUCUUUCAUUUCAGGAAAAGCCCCUGCCCCACUUUUAUAGAAAAGCCAUGUAUUCCUCUCCACACAAAUCCUGUUCUGACAACUUGAAGUGGCCCUGAUCCUCAGCUCAGCUCAAACUUGUUGUAAAUGGAUGCUCUACAAGUAGUAUUAUUCACGUACUGCUGUGGAAUUUGUGGGGUAGGGGUGGGAUCAAGUUUUGGCAUGCUGUUUUCACCAAACAUUUCCCUUCAGUUUCUGAUAUUAAUAUUUGGCCAGCAAGAUUCUUUUUUAUAGGCUUCCUAAAAAAUGCCUGAAGCCAUUCUUGCAACUUUACAGUGAGUGUCGGUGGGGAGACAUAGCAGUAAGAACAAGGUCAGUUAAAAUUGGAUUUUGUGCUAACGAGAUCGGUGUGUUUGCAUACUGACUUGCUGAAGUCAUUUGCAGAGGUGGAAACAGAAGUCUCACCGGGAAUUAUGUAUGCCGGUGUUAAUCAGAACGGAUAACACUUCUGAAAAGUCUGCUGAACAAAUCCCUUUUGGAACAAGAUGACACCUUCAUCUGCCAUGUUAUUUGCAUAAUAUCAAGGAAUUAGCAUAAUUAGCCCAGAAAGCAGAAAAUGCUUUGCCCAUUAGGGUCCUGUUCUGUUGUAUCUGGAGCAGGGAGCGUGGGGAUUUAAUGAUGCUGACUUUUUUGGCCUGAAGGGGGAGCCCUUGACUUUCUUAUGAGAUGCAAGGCAGACUUUGUCCUGGUCUGGAGCCAAGAAUAUCAAAAAUUGCAAUUUUGCAACAUCCUGCUUGGGCCUGGUCACCAUUUUUAGGUUGGUUAGGGGAUGUGCAUGUUUGUUUGCAUCCAUUUCCCCCAACCGGGUGCUCUCCAUAAGCUUUGGACAAGAGUUCCAAAUAGCCUUGACCACUGACCAUUCUGGCUGCAGCCUAUAGGAAUCAGCUGAUGACUCGGCUGGACUAGAUGGGCAAGGGGCUCUUCUUGUGUCCUUAAGAAGUGAUUCCACAUAUCUGCAAUGUUGUCUCUUCCGCUUUUUGGUUUUGAAAAGCUGCGUACCAGUUGCCAUAUACCACAGCGGUGGGCGGUGAAAAUGGUGAUAGCAACUGAAGGCUCCUUGGGGCAGGGACCUGUCUGGGUUUUGUUUUGCCAAGGCCACAGCGGCUGAGCAUGGCUGCUUGUGGUCCCAAUGUGCUUGGGCUGAGAGUUUCACCUGGUUGGGGUCUUGUGCAAAAGCUUUAAGGGAGAAGGUGGGUUUGAGGGAGGGGAGGUGAAGAGGAGGUGGGUUCUGUGAAUGUAUCUCUGGUCGUAGGAUGGCAGCAAGGGGCCAGGUGGAAGUGGCAGAGGAUGUGGGAGAGACCAGGGUUCAAAUCUGUACUCGGCACGAACCUCAUGGGGUGUGUGACCUUGGGCCUCUCUCAGCCUAACCAACCUGCCAGAGUUGCUGUGAGAUAAAAUGAGGAGCAGGGAGGGCCAUAUAGACCACCUUGAGCUCAUUGGAGAAAAAGGUGGCAUAUAAUUAUUCUGGGGGGGUGGGGGUGAGGGUAGGUAAACAGGCAAGCGGGUGGGGCCCUGUGAGGCAUUUCGAAGAGCUCAGGGUGGGGGUCUUGGAAGACAGGCGGAACAGCUGACGGCGGGGCUUCCUUUCUGGGUUGCUGUUGCCAUGGUUACAGUGGCAUUGUUUCACUAACACAGCUGCAGCAGCUAUGCAAACAGUCAGGUCCCAUAACUCCCUGAUUUCCUGGUGUGUGGCUGGCCGCCCCCCCCCCCCCGCCUUCCUUUCCUGUUUGUUCCUUACCUUCUCUGGAAAAUAGGAGAUCUGUUUCACGUUUUUUUACCUUUCACUCUCACUUCCACGACACCCUUUCCCCCCAGGGGACCUAUGCAUGAAAUGUGCUGCUUUAGCUUACGGGCUGUACAGGUGCGGUGGAGAAUCGGUCCGCGCUGCAACCAGGGCUUGCAAAAAAAGAAAAGAAAAAAGAAGUGUCUGAGAGCAAAAGUGCCAGUAACCAAAAGCUGCUUGCGGAGGAGCUAGCUUUAUCUUCCUUGUUUAUUUGCAGUGGUACCUUUGGAUGCGAACGGGAUCCGUUCCGGAGCCCCGUUCGCAUCCUGAAGCGAACGCAACCCGCGUCUGCACGUGCGCGGGUCGUGAUUCACCGCUUCCGCACAUGCGCAUGAUGUCAUUUUGAGCGCAUGCGCGAGUAGUGAAACCCGGAAGUAAUGUGCUCCGUUACUUCCGGGUCGCCGCAGAGCUUAACCUGAAAACGCUUAACCUGAAGCACAUUUAACUCUAGGUAUGACUGUAUUGUAUUUCUAUCCUACCUUUUCACUCAAGGAAUUCAAGGUGGCAUAUAUAGUCCCCCCCCCUCUUCAUUUAAUCCCCAUAACACCCUUGUGAGGUAGGUUAGGCUGUGAGGGGUCAAGGCCACACCCAGUCAGCUUCAUAGCCAAGUGGGGGAUUCAAACUCAGGUCUCCCAGUGGUCUGACUAACAACUGGCUCUCUUCCUUUAUGAUAGUCUUCACCAACCUGCUGGUGGGCUCUGCUUUAUGUAUAUGUGUGUUUGUGGUGUAUGCAUGGCAGGGUGGGGGUUGUCGGGGGCUCUCUUUGCAUGCACUCAUGCUCCCAAUCCACCUCCUUUCCCCAGAACAUUUGACAAUUGUUGAGGGUCCUGGACGACCGCUUAACAUUUUCCCUCUUCAAAGGCAGCCUUUGAGCAGGAGCUGGAAGAAAACCUUAUUCCUCUGCCUUUUCCCAGAAUGCUGGCACAGCGCAAUGACAAAUUCAGCUGCGGGUUGCUACACACCAGAACAAAAGCACCUGGAAGCAGGGCCUCUUUGUCAGCUGCCCCUGAAACUCUGCAACCUUUCGUCAGAAGUAUGAAAACAUACCCUUUUCCUUGGGGUUCAGAUGUGGCUGCAGAAACUCUUCCUCUUCAGUGUUUUUUCAGCUAGUUUUCUUGAAUCUUGCUGCUUUUCUUUUUAAUUUUGUUAUACGUCUACCAGGGUGAUUGUCACUGCUUUGAGCCUUGCAAAAACAAUGGAUUAAAACAGAGAAGAAGCCUACCUCCUGGCAUGUGCAGAGUGCCUUUCCUUCAGCCAUGGACAAUUAACCAAUAACAUGCUCUCGUUAUGGGUCAGGGAAGAAAUCGUGGCUUCCUGGAAGCCUCAGCCCACCAGUUUAGCGCUUUCUUUAGCCUUUGGCUUGUGAACAAACUCAAACGCUCUAAAAUUUAUUUGCACUGUAAUGAAGUCAGGCAGGUUUUCCCACCCUGCUCCCCCACCAAAAAGGUGUCUUUUGUAUACCUUUAGCCAAGGUUCUUUUUUGCCUUUAGAUAUUUUUUUUUUAGUGGAAAAGUGUUUUGGAGAAAGCUGUUGUAAACAAAAACAGCUCCCUUAUGGGGUAUGCAAGAGCCCUUAUAGAGUUCUUUGUAGAUUCUCCAUCGGUAGGAGAAAAUAACAGAGGCCAAGCAGAGAAUAUUGAGAAGCAAAGCAGCUCGUAAGCCUGAUCUUUAUUAAAGCUGUUGCAACAGGGUGCUCCCCUCACACGCAGGAGAGAGGAGGAGGAGCCCAGAACAAUGCGCACAAGCCCUUAUAUAGACUUUUGAACUGCUCACCUUGGAGCCCCAAACCACCCCUCCAUACAUCAUAAAUACAUCACAGAAGGGGUGUAGCCCAAGACCACCUCCAGUACAUCAUACAUACAUCAGAAGGGAAGGUCUAAAACAGAAUCCUGAGUGUGUUGUUUAUCUCCUGUCUGCCAGGUUACCUGAUUGGAUUGCCUGGGCAUCCUGGCCACUCUUUUGUUAUGAUAACUACCGGUACUCAAUUCCUGAAUCCAGGCCACAGGCUCACCCUAUUCCAGGGGUCAGCAAGGCUUAUCGGGCAGGCCAGAUCACUCCCGCAGAGAUCCUCCGUGGGCUGGGCCAGUGCAGCACAAUGCCGGAAAUCGCAUCUGCGCAUGUCUGUGGCGCUGGAAAUUGCUUCUGCGCAUGCCCAGACGCCGGAAAGUGCGCAUGCGCAGAAGCGAUUUCCAGAGCCACAGAAGAGAGUCCCUGCGCUGCGCCAGCUUAGCGCAGCAUGUGGGGAACCGCCGAGCGGGUGGCUUGUGGGCCGGUUAAACCCCUUAGGAUGCCUGUUGUUGUUUAGUCGUUGAGUCGUGUCCGACUCUUCGUGACUCCAUGGACCAGAGCACGCCGGGCACUCCUGUCUUAGGAUGCCUAUCCCUGCCCUAUUCAUAUGUUAUAUGUGCCCUUGAGACAGGAUUUGUGAGCAAAGAGACAAUAAGGAGGCUGCCCAUCUCUUUCGACCUUGCAGAGAAAUAUUUGAGGUCAAUGUGGAAAAGACAAAUGGUUUCGGGACUUUUUCUGUGGGUCUCUGACAUGUCGUCUGUACAUUUAUGUGUAUGCUUGCUUGGUACAUUUAUGAACAUUUACUAUAUAUAUAUAUAUAUAUAUAUAUAUAUAUAUAUAUAUAUAAAAAAUUCUUGUAACAAAGCAAAUGAAAAGCAGCAAACAAACGAAGGGCCUGGAUUUCUGCCCUCACCUUUCUGCCCUCACCUUUCUUCCCCCCAUGCUGCCUGGAUUGGCUUGUCUGCUUUGUGGUGCUCUGUCUCUGGAAGAGCCGGCGCUGUGUGGCGGAUGCAUUCCUUGUGCCUGUUUCAGAAUUAAUCAACUUGUAGCUGGGAUAAUCUUAUUUGCUAUGCUGUAGUGGGAGGGGGGCGUGUGGAUGCUAAUAUCACCGACUUUCUGCUCUUGUUUUCCUGGUGCUCAGAACCGGCUCCAACUUCCUUAUUUCUAUAGGGUUGUAUGCUAUAUAGAUGCAAGUUCUCCCACAGCCUCCUUCCCUACAAACCCUCUUAAGUGCUGAGAUUGGCAGAAGGCACCCUCUUGGUAUUCCCUCUACCCUUGCAGGCUCAGGGUGGCGAUUACCCAGGAGAGGGCCUACUCUGUGGUGGCCCCUAAGUCAAGGCCACAGAGUUGCGCUUGGCUCCUUCAUUGUGCGGCCUCCGAAGGAUGCUGAAGAUGCAACUCUUUGCCCCAUGUUUUAAUGGUGGGACCUGAGGGCAAAGAAGGGUGUGUAACAGACAAAUAAAAACUAAGAGUGAAACUCCCCCCCCACCUAUCCACUCUCAGAGCUACAGUUCUCAGCGUGGUUUUAACAAUCCCUCCCUCUUCACAGAGAACUUUCGUAACACAGAAUUUUUCAAGAACCCUCAAGCCUUUGGCAACACAUAAUUUAUGAGGUUUUGGUUUUUAUAUCAAAGCAAAUGUCACAAGUCCUGUAAAGUUUCCCAUUUGGGGGAAACUGAGGUUCUGGCAGCUGCUAGCAUCCCUGUCGAGAGUUCCCAAGAGCUGAAACCUUUCAGUCAAUUGGUCCAUAGAUUUAGUAAUCAAAGCUGUGGUGAAGUUGAAAUAGCUUGUUUUGCGUAUUUUGGUCACUUCUUGACAAACCGCUGUCCAAAAUCUGAAUACCUGUGGACAGUGUCACCACAGGCGGAAAAAGGUUCCUCUUUCAAAUCUCCCCCCUCCCCCCCUUUUUUGGUAAGCUCAUCUGUAUAGACAUAAUGUGAAGUUUGGCUCUUAGGUGACUUUGGAAGUAUAAUAAUAAUAAUAAUAAUAAUAAUAAUAAAUUUUUAUUUAUAUCCCGCCCUCCCCAGCUGAAGCCGGGCUCAGAGUGGCUAACAACAGUAAAAUAAUACAGUAUUCUAAAAUCUAUUCAUUAUAAAAUCAGUUCAAAUCAAAUUAAUGGCAACCAUUGGGCUAGAGUUCUGUGGUGGAACAGCUCUGUCUUGCAGGCUCUGUGGAAAGAUGUCAAGUCCCGCAGGGCCCUAGUCUCUUGUGACAGAGCAUUCCACCAGAUCGGGGCCACGGCUGAAAAGGCCCUGACUCUGGUUGAGGCCAGCCUAACCUCCCUGUGGCCCGGGAUCUCCAGGGUGUUUUUGUUUGCAGACCGUAAGGUCCUCUGUGGGUCAUACCAGGAGAGGCGGUCCCGUAGGUACGUGGGUCCUAGGCCGUAUAGGGCUUUAAAGAUUAAAACCAGCACCUUAAACCUGACCCUGUACUCCACCGGGAGCCACUGCAGCUGGUAUAGCACCGGGUGAAUGUGAUCCUGCAUAGAGGACCCCGUAAGGAGUCUUGCCGCGGCAUUCUGCACCCAUUGGAGUUUCUGGGUCAGUCUCAAGGGCAGCCCCGCAUAGAGCGAGUUACAAUAAUCAAGCCCGCAUGGAUCACUGUGGCCAGAUCAGGGCGAGAGAGGUAAGGAGCCAACUGCUUAGAGACAAUUCGUUAGAAAAGGAGAGUAGGGUUCGAUGAAACCUCCUGUUCAGAGGCAGUCUAUCUUUUGAGUACGAGAUAUCCUGUUGGGCCAAUAUUCUGCCUCUGGGCUUCUGGCUUACCAGCAUGGGAAAUGGGUUAUUGGAGUAGAUGGGCCUUUAGGCUGUCUGCCUCCCUCGUCUCUCCCAGUCUGGAAUAACAUUUCCCGCCUCCUGGUAACCUAAAAAGACAACCCCUGCUCUUAAAUCCUUACCAAGCUGUCGGUGUGAAACGCUGCUGUAAAUGAGAGGUGCCCUGCCAGCAUAAUUUUUCUUCAUUGGUACUGUAUUUUGAAACUGGCAUUGAUUUAAAUAUUAGUUACCGUAUUUUUCGCUCUAUAAGAAGCACCAGACCAUAAGACGCACAUAGUUUUUGGAGGAGGAAAACAAGAAAAAAAUAUUCUGAAUUUCAGAAGCCAGAACAACAAGAGGGAUCACUGUGCAGCGAAAGCAGCAAUCCCUCUUGCUGUUCUGGCUUCUGGGAUAGCUGCACAGCCUGCAUUCACUCCAUAAGACGCACACACAUUUCCCCUUACUUUUUAGGAGGGGAAAAGUGAGUCUUAUAGAGCAAAAAAUACGGUACUUAAAAAACAAAGAUUCCAUGGGUAUGGGAGAGCUACCUGACGCUUGCCUCCAAAUCUGUAUUCCUCGCGCAUUUGAAGAGGGCGCGGAAAAGGUGGGAUUCCAUCCCUUGGUUGUUUUCCUGAGAAUUACACAUUUUUUGCCUCACUCUCCCCAAACUUUCGUCUUCCUGAGUAAAUCAAUAACGAAAUGAACCGGAGGUCCUCCUUCCUCUCUAGUUGACUGUUGUGGGUGUCAUACUUGCUCCAUUAAGCAGCAGAGGAAGAAAGAAUUUCCCCAAUUAGCGUGCUAAUUAAUUUCAGACACCCCUCCCUCCUUUCCCAAAGCAAGUUGCCUUCAAAACUAAGGCUUUUAAAAAAGGCAUUCUUGGAGAUCUGUUUGCAGAAAGGAUCCUCCUUUCCCUGCAACCUCCCACCUUUGCCCACAAAAUUUCCAUAGUAAGGGGGGCGGGAUAACCGUAAACAGCCAGGGGGUGUUUUAAAACGUUGUUGCUCCAGUGGUGAACAUGCUUCUUUGCAAAAAGGGGUGGCAGUGGGAAUGAAGGUGCUCUGUGCUGCCUCCUCCUCAGAGGAGACCUGGAAACGGCCUCUGCAUUCACCCUGGGGAAACCGUUGCAUCAUAAGUCUGGCGUCUGUUGCAAUACACCUCUGAGUGUUCCAGUCAGUCUUGGGGGCACAGGUUUGUUUGUCCCGGGGGUGGACGCAUGAUUUGAAGGGUGAACUGGAGGGCAGCAAGCUUGCAUCAGCUUAACGGUCCCCCAGGAUUAAGUAGCUGCACCAGUGAGGGAAGUUUUAAUUGCCAAGCCAGCGAACCGGGGCAACAAGGGGUUGGGUUUCCUCCUCUAAAACCUGGCUGGGGUUCUGGGGUGUUUCUGUAAUAAGAGCAGAGAAGCUAAAAUGCCGUUGCUCUGAUGGUGAGCGGUUAACAUUUCCCCCUUAAAUUGGAUGUUUCUGUGCAUGUCUUUCUGCGAUAAUUUAUUUUGGUCUAUUCCAUCUUCAAGGGACAUGGGUGGCACUGUGGGUUAAACCACUGAGCCUAGGACUUGCCCAUCUGAAGGUUGGCGGUUCAAAUCCCCGUGACAGGGUGAGCUCCCGUUGCUUGGUCCCUGCUCCUGCCAACCUAGCAGUUCGAAAGCACGUCAAAGCGCAAGUAGAUCAAUAGGUACCACUCUGGCGGGAAGGUAAACGGCAUUUCCGUGCGCUGCUCUGGUUCGCCAGAAGCGGCUUAGACAUGCUGGCCACAUGACCCGGAAGCUGUACGCCGGCUCCCUUGGCCAGUAAAACGAGAUGAGCGCUGCAACCCCAGAGUCUGCCACGCCUGGACCUAAUGGUCAGGGGUCCCUUUACCUUUACCUUUAUUCCAUCUUCAAGCACUCAGCUUCAUUGGAUAUCCAUAAUAUCGGAAUUUGGGGGGCAUCCAGUGAAGCUCUGGUUGGCCACUGUAAGGACAGGAUGCUGGACUAGAUGGGCUAUUGGCCUCACCCAGCAGGGUUCUUCUUAUGUUCUGUGUCCUCACAAUGGCCCUGUGGGGUUGGCCCAACAUCACUUGGUGAGCUUAUGGCUGGGGCGGCAGCGGGGUUUUUGAAUGUGGGCCUCCCUAGUACAGCCUUCUCCAUACGGGUGCCUUCCAGGUGUUUCGGAUUGCACCAGGUUGGCAAGAUCUGCCCAGGAACAGCCAAUGUGUUGUUGGAUUCUAGCCCCAGCCACCCCUCCGCAAGGCAGCAUUUCCAACUGUCAGGGAGGAUGGGAGCUGCGUGGUCCAGUGACCACAUUGGCUUUCCAUGCACUCAUCAACACAUUUACUGCAGGUUUCCUCCAGCCCAUGAUUAAAAAAUAAAUAAAUGACAGCUCUGCACCGAAUUUCAACCCUGCAAUGAGAAAAGCUGAAUUCUGAAACCCUGUAAAUUGGGCAAAUGUGCGUAUCUUCCACCCUGCGUCCCUGUAUUUCUUCCAUGAGAACUGAGCACAGUGUUGUUUCCUUUUGAGGAAACAGGCGCAGGAGUCGGAGGAUGAAAGCAUCUCCCGGAUCACAGAGAAAGGGUGAUGUGCCCACCAGUCCUGGUAACUGUCUGCUCAGAAGUAAAUCCUGUGUCCAAUGGGGCUCCCUCCCAUGUAAACGUAGGCAAUAGAAUUGCAUACCUAAAUCGUUUCCAAUUUAUGCAUAGCAUUCGCUUCAAAGUUGUAUGUACCUUAUCUCUUCUUCCUCUUGUGCUUCGCUGUAGUUUCCUUUUGGCCGCCGCAUUCCCUGUGACAUCUACUGGCACGGUGUCUCGUUUCACGAUAAUGCCAUCUACUCGGGCCAAGUCAACAAAUUUCCAGGUAAUAGAUUUAUUUUGCGUUGCUCAUUUAAAAGAAGCAGUUGUAUAAGGGAAGAGGGGGAGCCCUUUGUGGUGUUUUCUGUCUUCGCAGACAGGCAAACCCUCUUCAGGUACCUGAAAGGUUGUCUCAUGGGAGAUGGAGGAAGCUCCUGGGACCCAAACCAACUCCAUUAAUUAGAUCCGCACUUCGUUUUUCCUCCAUUCACCUAACGCUUCUUCAGUUGACCCUCUUCUCCCUUAAAAAGACCAAACCGUUUUAUGUGUACAGUGGACACUCGGGUUGCGAGCGUCAUCCGUGCGGGAUGCACGUUCACAACCUGCAGCGUCUGCAACCCGCAGCGGUGCGUCUGCACACACAUGGGUUGCGAUUUGGCGGUUAUGCGCAAAGCAUGAUUUAACGCUUCUGCGCAUGCGCGACCACCGAAACCUGGAAGUAACCUGUUCCAGUACUUCCGGGUUUCGGCAGUCCGCAACCCGAAAAAACGCAACCUGAAGCGUCUGUAACCCAAGGUAUGACUGUAAUUGGAACUGUUCUGCCAGAUUCCUGGCCACGUAUAAAAACAACACUGAAUACCAGCCUGCGAAAACUUGUCCUUUUCAUGCACGAUUUAGCUCCUGGCACAUGGGUGGCAUUUACUGCCUCUUGUCCAGGGGUGCACAACCUCAGGCCUGGGAUUCCUCCCAAGCCGUAUCCCCUUUUCCCCUGGCUGCCCCUGUCACGGACCCUGAUCUGCACCUUUCUUAAGUGGACGAGAAUGUGUCCCUGUGCAAUGUCUCCUGCUUGCUGGGAUAAGAUGGAGCAUAGGGAGGGGAGCAUGGGUGCAGAGACUAGCCUGCUGGUUGGUCAAUGGUAAAAUUUUCACUCCUUGCCCAAAGUGCUGUGGUAGGCCUAAGUUGGCUCUCAUGCCGGAAGUGGCCCACACUGGUCUAUCCUGGCUGCUGGUGCCCCUCAAGGUGUCAGACCAUUGGGGAGGGGGUGUGUGUGAUUUCCUAGCCAGUUUUGGUGUAUUGGUUAAAGUGCCAGAGCCGGACCUGGGACAGAUCAGGGUUCAAAUCCCCACUUGGCUGUGAAGCUCACCAGGUGUGGCCUUGGAGGGGCCAGUCACUGCCUCUCUCAGCCCAACCUACCUCACAAGGUUGUUGUGAGGAUUAAAUGAGAAAGGGGGAAAACCACAUACACUGCCUUGAGACAGAAACACAAAACAUGUAGUAAAAGCAAGAACAGAACAGAACAAAACAAUGACCACCCCCACUGAACUCAACUGCGACACUUCCAGUCUCAGAAGGAAAGCUCAGACAGGUCCCCCCCCCCCAUAGAUUAUUUUUAAAGAGAAGAGAGGAGUUUUAGUCAACCUUUUCCUAAUAUUAGGUCUAUCAAACUUCUUAAAGCUCCCUUACUUCUCCUUUAAUCUCUACCUGAAUCCGGUUAAGUAAGAGCUAAGCGCCCAAGAUAUUGAUUCAUCACAGCUCACAGCUCUUUCUGUUUAUUGCGUUCUGCAGAGAGCUGUCAGGCUUUGCUCCCUUGGAAUAGAGUUGGCAGGAAGGCAGCCCCUCCCCCCCCCCAAUGCCAAACUUAAUGAAACUCUGAAGUUUGGUUUUCUCUGCUAGCUCCGACGAUCAGCCAACUUGGCUGCCUCUUCUCACGUAAGAAAGAAAGCUCUGUGGCAAGAUAGGUGUUCGGUCCCUGCUUUCCUCCUUGCAUGGGGUAAGCAAGCAGCAACAAAACAGGACAGUAUUGGGCAGUGUCAGCCUCUGGCCAGUUGGGCGAAACCUUCCCCAAUAGAUGAUCAUGUUAGAUUACAGCAAUGCAUUACACUGUUGGGAUGCAGCCAAGGAAUCGGGGGCAAUUGGCAGGCCCCCAGCCGGCCCCAGCCCACCAGCCGAUGUGCCGGGCAAUCUCCAGUCCUUGGAUCGGCAUGAAACUGCGACCCCAGCUUCAGAAGCUGUGUAUGCACACUCAGCAGAGUAAACGCACAACAGAAGUAGCAGGAGAGGCAUACACGAGCAUAUUUGCAAGCAGUUUAUUCAGUAUACAUCAGGACAAAAGGAAACAUGUCUUCUCUCCUUCAUGUCCAAAGCAAAAGCUAUACACAAACGGAAGUUCCCAGCAAGCUGUGCUGGAGUGUAAACAGGCAUGUGAUACACAACAGUCAUGCCUGUUCCUUAAGGUGGAACGGAAAUAUUCUCACAUACACAUGGGGAUUCCUUAGGAAACGGUUGGCAGCCAGUGCAGAAUUUGGUGACCAGGUUUCUCACCGGGGCAAGACAUUCUGAGCACAGAACGCCCAUUCCUGGCCUGACCACACUGCCUGCCAAUUAGUUUCCGGGCCCAAGUCAAAGUGCUGGUUUUGACCCACAAAGCCUUAUGUGGCUCAGGACCCAAAUAUCUCAAGGGCUCCCUCUCCCCAUAUGACCAACCCAGGCUGUGCAUCACUCUUUUGAGGCUGUUCUCCGUGGACCUGAUCCGUGGGAGGCCUGGAGGGCAACAACAGUCAGGUGGUUCCCUUCUUGUGGAACACCCUCCCCAGGGAGGCUCACCUGGAGCCAUCACUACAUAUAUUUAGGUGCCGGAUAGAAACAUUUAUUUUUCUCCAGACCCAUUGGCUUUUAAUUAUCUGUGGCCUCCUUCGGUGCGUGGGAUGUUUUAAACCUGCCUUUUAAAAACAGGGUUGUCGUUUCAAUUUUUCUUCAUUAUUACGCUGGUUUUAAUGUAUGUGCUUGUUGCUUUUGUAAGUUGCUUCAAGUUUUAUUUUAUUUUUAAUAAAAAAAGUGACCAAUACCUUUAAAUAGCAACAUGAUCAGAGAUUGGAGGGCGUGAAUGACAGCUGAAAAAUUGAGCAGGAAAACCGUGUGGAGUUUGCUCCAUUGUGGCGUCCUUUGUCAUGCAAUGCUCUGCAUGUCUACUCAGAAGUAAGGCCUCUUUAGCUCAAUGGAAAGUGUGUGCAUUCUUACAGACACUUCCUGAGAGAGAAGUUUCUGCUUCAUUCAGCAUAACGUGCUCCUGAGAGCAGCUUUUUCUAACAAGGUUUCUGCAGGCUUCCUGGGUUAUGUGUUUGCUGAGACUGAUGAGGGUGGGCCCCCCCCCCCCAAAAGCACCCAGAGGCUGCUGUGUGAGCAAAAGCUGCCUUAGCACAGUCAUACCUUGGUUCUCAAACGCCUUGGUACUCUUAUGUUUUGGCUCCUGAACGUCGAAAACCCGGAAGUAAAUGUUCCGGUUUUCAAACAUUUUUUGGAAGCCGAACAUCCAACGCGACUUCUGCUUGAGUGCAGGAAACUUUUGCAGCCAAUUGGAAGCCACACUUUUUGAACUACUGAAGCUUUUGAACUGUUUUGGGAGUCGAACGGACUUCCAGAAUGGAUUACGUUCGAGUAACAAGGUGCAACUGUCGCUGUGCAUGGGCUUUGAAGCCUUUGCAAAAUAAAACAGAGGUCACCAUUUAUUAUUUUUUAUAUUAUCAAGUAAUCAUUAUCAAUAACUAUCAAAAGUUAUUAUUAUAAGUAAUGCAAGAGGUGGUUGAAGGUAGAAGGCUCUCCGUCAUUGUAAGCAGAAGUUGGAUGGCUACCUGUCAGGGGAUUCCUUAGCCGUGAUGCCUGCACUGCUGGGGGUUGGGCUAGAUGACCCCUGGGGUGCCUUCCACCUCUGCUCUUUCCUUCUCCAUUCUGCUUCUCUAUAAAGCAGAGACAGGGAACGAGGGGCCUUCCAGAUCCUGUUGGACUCCAAGUCCCGUCAUCCCCAGCCAGCGCUGCCAACCGUGGGGGAUGAUGGGAGUUGGAGUCCCGUGACUAAUGGGGCCGGGUGCUGCUGAGAGCCUGGCUGCUCAGAGGCCUUUAUCCCACCGAUUGCCAGCUGCUGGGGGGCAAGAGAGGGCGAAGGCCAUUGCCUCCUCCAUGUCCUGCCAGGGGGGGCCUUCCCGUGGGGGCCCCCAGCGUGGCCCCUGGGAGAAACUCUGAUGCAGCCGGGCUCUUCUCACAACUGUGGCACCGUCUUGGGCAAGGCAAGGUGUGAAAAGAGGGAGCAAGGCUUUUCCCUCUGGUGCAGAAAUGCUGCAGGUGGCAGGUCCAAAGUCCUCAAGAAACAACACAAAACCACUUUCCUAAAACAAUGGGGCCAAGCUAACUAGAAUAAAUAAGUCUGCGGCCCUCCAGAGACUUGUGUGCUGUGACAGCCCCAUGCCUGACCACUGGGCAUGCUGGCUGCGGGGAGCGCAUUUGGAGGAGGACCCUUGUCCUAGACCCUUGCUCACAGCUGACCUUCUUCCUCAGGCAUGACCGAAACGGUCCGGAAGAUCUCCUUGAGCCUUGCCAUGCGGAUGAUGCAGGAACUCUUCCCAGCGGAGUACGACUUCUACCCACGCUCCUGGAUCCUGCCAGAGGAGUUCCCCAUUUUUCUCGCAGAGGUGAGCUGUCCUUGCUAAGGUCUUUGAAAUUUGAAAGAAGUUGGUAUUUUAGCAUGGCACUGCCCAGUUUGGAGCUCUCUGCCUUUUGAUACCAGGCAGCUGUUGUACUUCAUUGUUCGCCUGCCAAAAACUUCCUUUUUUCCCAGCUUGCCUAGAUAUUUGUAAUGCUGAUGUUGUUGUUUUUUUAGUUCAUCGCUGAUUUUAAUUCUUUAAAGUGUUUUAAAUCAUUGUUGUUAAUUAUUUUUAUCAACAAUUUUCUUGUUUUAUCCUUUACAGUGCCAGCCAGCCUGAGAUUUUAUUUUAUGAUUGAGCAGUGUAUACAUUCUUUGACUCCUCCGCCCUCAAAGAAAUUUGGCAGCAAUGGUUUGUUUCUCACAGAGCCACAGUUCCCAGCGCCCAUAGUCAGCUACAGUCCCCAGGGUGAAGCCAUGUGCACUGAAGUGGUGCUUUAAAUUUAUUGUGUGGCUGUGACCCCUUUUUUUUACAGCUUGGAAAGGGUGGCUCUGGCACCACCUUCUCCUGGCCCUUUGCCCAGGUGCUGGUUUUGACCUUUAAAGCCCUAUGUAGCCUAGGACCCUCGUACCUACGGGACCGCCUCUCCUGGUUUGCCCCACAGAGGACCUUACGGUCUGCAAACAAAAACAUCUUGGGGGUCCCGGGCCACAGGGAGGUUAGGCUGGCCUCAACCAGAGCCACGGCUUUUUCGGCCAUAGCCCCGAUCUGGUGGAACGCUCUGUCACAAGAGACUAGGGCCCUGCGGGACUUGACAUCUUUCCACAGGGCCUGCAAGACAGAGCUGUUCCACCAGGCCUUUGGUUUGGACUCAGUCUGACCCUUAUGUUUCCCCUCCCCUUUGAUCCAUGGGCUACUUUUAAAAUGAGGCUGCAUUUUAAAUUGCAUUUUAACCUGUAUUUUAAAUUGUUUUGUUGUUGUCCCCCCCCCCCCCCCAUUAAAUUUUACUGACGUUAGCAGCCUUGAGCCCAGCUCUGGCCGGGGAGAGCGGAAUAUAAAUAAUAAUAAUAAUAAUUAUUAUUAUUAUUAUUAUUAUUAUUAAAUCCGGUCUGCGGACGGUCUGGGAAUCAGUAUGUUUUUACAUGAGGAGAAUGUGUGCUUUUAUUUAAAAUGCAUCUCUGGGUUACUUGUGGGGCGUAGGAAUUCGUUCAUUUCCCCCCCUCCAAAAUAUAGUCCGGCCCCCCACAAGGUCUGAGGGACAGUGGACCGGCCACCUGCUGAGAAAGCUUGCUGACUCCUGUUCUACAAUAUCUUCCCCACCCCCCUCACACCUGCCUUGGUAGAGGCUUUGAUUUGCCUUUCUGGAAAAAAAUAGGCAGAUGGCUGAUAAAACACGGCUGCAUAUGGUCCUCCGUCUGCAGUACUUCUUUGUUACUAAACAUGACAUUUUACGCCACAUUCCUCCCCCCCCUUUCUUUAUAUACUAAUGCGGAGACAGUGUAAUGAAACUCUGCCUGGAAGCUUCCUGGGGUGGGAUAUCCCGGGAACUAUCCUUUGCUGGUAGUUUGAUGGUGCAGCCCCACUUUCUACCCUAACCCUUAAUAAAAUAAUGAUUCUGGGUGAUUCCCAAGACGGCCCCCUCCCAGUUAGCGCCACUUUCUCAAAUAUCAUGGGGAGAAGGGGGUGGGGCGGGGGGGGUCCCCUGUGAAGAAAGUUUACAUUUUUGGGGGCUUCUUAGUUUGUAGAAACGGUUAAUGAGAGGCGACAUGAGAGUAGCUUCCAUGCAUGGGGUGGGCAAAGUGGACAGAAAUAAUAAUAAUAAUAAUAAUAAUAAUAAUAUAGUGGUAUCUCUGGAUGCGAAUGGGAUCCAUUCCGGAGCCCUGUUCGCAUCCUGAAGCAAACGCAACCCGCGUCUGCGGGUCAAGAUUCGCCACUUCUGCGCAUGCGCGUGACGUCAUUUUGAACGUCUGCACAUGCGCGAGCGGCGAAACCCGAAAGUAACGCGUUCCGUUACUUCUGGGUCACCUUGGAGUGCAACCCGAAAAUGCUUAACCUGAAGCAACUUUAACCCGAGGUAUGACUGUAAUAAUAAUUUAUUUAUACCCCGCCCAUCUGGCUGGGUUUCCCCAGCCACUCUGGGCGGCUUCCAACCGAAUAUUAAAAACAAUACAGCGUCAGACAUUAAAAACUUCCCUAAACAGGGCUGCCUUCAGUUGUCUUUUAAAAGUAAAAUAAUUGAAAAAGGUUUUUCCUAACACUAGAACUCAUGGGCUGCCAAUGAAGCUGAAUGUUGGGAUAUUUGGGGCAGAAGAAAGAAACUCCUUCACACACAGAGAGUUAAACUAUUAUGGCAUUUGGUCCCACAGGAGGCACCUGUGGCUUUAAAAGAGGACUGGGCACAUUCAUGGAGGAGGCGGCUAUUGAUGGCUACCAGCCACAAUGGCUAUGCUUUGCCCGCAAGAAGCAGCCGUGGUUCUGAAUGCCCAUUGCUGGGAACCUCAGGAAGGGAGAGAGUUCCCCGUAGUGGGCAUUUGGGUGGCUGCAACUAGAUGGGCCCUUGGCUUGAUCUGGCAGGCUCUUCUUCAUUUUAUUUAUUUCAUAAAAUUUACAGACCACUCGAUUGUAGAAAAAACUUGAGGUUUACAAAAAAGAUAAAAAGGUACAGGUAAAGGACCCCUGACAGUUAAGUCCAGUUGCAGACAACUCUGGGGUUGCGGCGCUCAUCUCGCUUUACAGGCCGACGUUUGUCCGCAGACAGUUUUUCCAAGUCGUGUGGCCAGCAUGACUAAGCCGCUUCUGGCGAACCAGAGCAGUGCACGGAAACGCCGUUUACCUUCCCGCCGGAGCGGUACCUAUUUAUCUACUUGCACUUUUUGGUGUGCUUUCAAACUGCUAGGUGGGCAGGAGCAGGGACCGAGCAACGGGAGGUCACCCCGUCACGGGGAUUCGAACCGCCGACCUUCUGAUCAGCAAGUCCUAGGCUCAGUGGCGUAGAUCACAGCGCCACCCAUGUCCCUUACAAAAAAAGAUAAAGCAGUGCAAUUAUCACAAAAAGAUUUAUAACCAUAAUUUAAAACAUACAGAAAGUUUAGACGGCAGUAGAAUAGAUUCAAGCGGAUUAAGACUCAUACGAACUGUCUAAAAUGUGGGGUGCGCUUGUCUAAAUAAGAAUGCCUUCAGCAGGCACCAAAAAGAAUACAGGCAGGGAGUUCCAAAGUGCCACACAAAAUGAUCAAGUUUUUACAGAUGUGCUGUGGGCACUGUGUGGCAGGGCCCAUUCCCUCAGUUGAAGCGGUCAAGCGGGCAAGGCAUUCCCGUGGGUGAGCUGGUCCAAAGUUAAGGGCUUUAUAUACUCACAGUGACACCUUGGACGCAACCUGGUUCUCAUGUGCUUUCGGGGAAUGUUCCCCGUGACUGCUGAAGUAGCCUCAGGUUCCACACCCCUGGAUAUCGUUGCAGAAACGUGUCGUGGCGCCCAGUAUUCUAAGAACGGCAGCAAAUGCUGUUCCCUACAGUUGCCAGCAUCCCAUGAGUUGCAGUGCGAUGCAGUGGAUAAGAGUAUCUGACUUGGUUUGGGAGACACCUGGGUUUAAAGCCAUGCUCUCUGCCUUGAAGGUCACCUUGGGGCUGUCACUGUCUCUCUGCAUGACUGUGGCGAUCACACAGGGUCCCCGGACAUUUCACCAUCUAUUGAUCCCUGUGCCACCACUUUAUUUCUCGCUGCCACCACCCAGGCCCUACCUGGUACAAUACUGAGUCCAGUCAGGGUUAAAUUGGAACAGAAACUUCUGUGUAUUUAUUGGAGUUUAACAAGCGUGUGGUUUCAUAAACGGUAUCAGUCAAUGACAUUCAUGGGGUGCCUAUCCAGACCUAUAACUUCCACUACCUGCUCUCACUCACUAAACCACCUCUCAGAUAUUUACUUGUCUUCCUAACCCCUAACUGUUCCUGACUACCCACAGACUCUGUUCCAAUUCACUCCCACUCCAACCAACCACCCAACUCCCAACAAACUCCUCCCAGAGCUGCUUUUAUAGUCCCUCUGACUCCACCCCCUGGGUUCUGAUUGGGUAACCUGUUUAACUAUUUCACCUCCAGCACUCUCAUAUGUUAACGUCACAAUGACCUACCCCACACGGUGGUUUUGAGGAUAAAGUGGGGACGGGUGGAAGAGGCUGAAGCAUAUACACUCAGUGGUUCCCAAGGUGGGAGAUAACUGCCUCCUAGGAGGCAGUGGGGUUACCUGCACGUACGUGUGUGUGUGCGCAUAUGUGCGUGCUAAGAGGCAAGGGGGUGGCAGAGGGCGAUUUAAGACUCCUGCUAAGUGACUUUAAACCAGACAUUGGGAAAACGGUAUCACUUCAUCAAGCCCAUCUGUUGCAUUGAGAAUUUACUGAACAGUGAAAUAAGUUUCUAAAGGUGGUACGCAAGACUAAGCAACAAAGCUGGUAUCACUGGACCCAGUUCAUCAGUUUCAUUGGCUUAAUCAAACCAGAUAGUUUUAAUUGGAUUUUGAAUAAAAGUGCAAUUGAUUGUUUGAAUUUUAUAGUGUUAUUAUCUUCCCUAGUGGGUUGUGCAAACUUCUGUUCAGAAUAAUGCUUUCUAAAGAGUAGGGCAGCAGGCCCUGGGGACGAGUUCAUGGAGCCAAGUGGGUGGGGGCCUGAGAAAGGUUUGGGAGCUAUAGGUCACAGGCAUGCUUUAUGGGAACGAAGGAGGGGGCCUUGCCAGUGGUGGCUGCUCCCAGACUUUGGAACUCCCUCCCUAGAGAAACCAGACUGGCUCCCUCCUUGCUGUCCUCCUUGUUCUAACAGGCUUUAGGGGGCUGAAUGCUUUCAGUGAAAGGGCUGCUUGUUGGCAUCCGUCUGUCUUGAGAGACAAUCGAGUGCCCCUCUGGGGGUGAAGACAAACCUCUGUGUUAGCAGUGACCUCUCUGGGCAGUAGGGCUGGGCAGUGUAUGUGUGGAGGUCCAGGCUGGGCUGUCCAUACGACAAGACCACCCCCUUGACUUUGCUGAUGUGGUCCAAAGGAAAGCAAAGCAAGAUGUUUGGCACAAGCUUGGCUGCAGGAGUUGCUGGAAGGAGGCCUACAAGGCGCCAUCCAACCAUUUAGGGACUCUAUUCUGGAUUUGUGUAGGCUCUACUCGUGAGCCCACAAGGCAGCAGAGGUUUAGGAUCAGAGUUUUCUGUCUCCUAGAUGGGCUACCUUCCCAGGUUGACAAGCUCCAUCCGCCCCUUGGCUAUUCUCACCUGGAUUAUCCGGCCAGUUGAAGCCAUUCCUGGGGUGUGUCCGCUGUCACAGCUUCUAGGAGCCACAGGUGAGAGCUGAGAGCAGGGUGGGGACCGAAGGGGGACAAACUGCCCAGAAGGAACAUGACAUGUUCCCCACCAAAGGUACUACCCCCCCUUAACACGGCACAAGCCCCAAAAGGCUGGUGCCAUGCUAUUUUUAUUGUAAUUAUCUAUAUGGUUUUAAUACAACACACACACACACACACACACACACACACACACACACAGACAGAGUAAGCCUGCAAUUUAUGCACAUUAUGUAUUCAGAUCCUGAUCUGAUUUUAGGAUGUGUUUUAAUUGAUUGACUGAUUUUAUGUUAAUGUGUUAUACAUUUGAUGUUAGCCGCUCUGAGCCCAGUUUUAGCCAGGGAGGGCAGAGUAUAAAUUUAUAAAUUUAUUUACUUAUUUGUUUGUUUGUUUACGGUGGUACCUCUGGAUGCAAAUGGGAUCCGUUCCGGAGCCCUAUUUGCAUCCUGAGUAGAACGUAAGACGCGUGUGCGCGGGUCGCAUUUUGCCGCUUCCACUCAUGCGCGUGACGUCAUUUUGAGCGUCUGCGCAUGCGCGAGCGGCGAUACCCGGAAGUAACGCACUCUGUUACUUCCGGGUCGCCACAGAGCGUAACCUGAAAACGCUCAACCUGAAGCGCAUUUAACCUCAGGUAUGACUGUAUUUAUUUUAUCACAUUUAACUUGUGCAUGUUCAGCUUUACGCACUUGGCAAUAAUAUAAAUAAAUAAAAUAAAUAAAUAAAAUAAAUAAAUAAAUGAAAGUGGGUCAGAAAGGGGUCAGGAAUCAACCCCCCCCCCCCCUUUUGGGAAUUAUAGGGACAGAACUACCUAAACUGUAUAGAAUAAGGUUACCAGAUUUUUUUCAAUGAAUCCGGGUACACUUUUCAACUUCCUACUAAAUAGAUGGAUUUUGCCAGGGGACUGAUUUCUAUAUCUGGGGACUGUCCCUGGGAAACGGGGACGUCUGGUAACUGUACUAUAGAAACUUAUUCAUGUAUGCUACUAUAGCGGCAAGAAUGCUACUCUCCCCAAAAUUUAAAGAAGCAAAAGUCCUAGCAAAAGAAGAAGGGAUACAAAAACUUAUGGAAUAUGCAGAAAUGGCGAAACUUACCAGAAAAAUAAGAAAUCAAGAUAACAAACUUUUUUUAUAUAAAAGAAUGGAAAUGGUUUAUUGGAUAUUUACAAAUAAACUGUAAGCAAAUAAGAACAUGGCAGGAUUAUUGUAGUAACCUGCAGUUUCAUAAGAGUAUAUAUUUAAAGUAGAUGAAUAAAUGAACAAAUUAAGUUAAUUUGGAUAUUCAGAAGAUACUAAAAAGAAAUUUAAGGAACCGCAGAAAGAGGGGGAAGUCAAGUUUUGAAAUGUUAAAAUGAUGGUGAAAUUAGUGAAAUGUAUAAACUUGAAAAUCAUAAAUAAAAAAUUAAAAGAAAAGAAAAGGGGUCAGGAAUCCAUGGAAAAAGACUUCAGGAAUCCCUUCCGCCAUUGAGCCCUAUGUGUUUUGAAAAUACAUCAUUUUGGCUUCUGCAAAAUCAACCAUAUUGGCCCGAAUAUAAGCCACACUUCUCCCCCAAAUUCCGACCAUGAAAAGUUAAAGUUUAGCUUAUAUUCAUGCCCUUGGCUUUUUGAUCAGCUGUGAGGUGGCGCACUGUUGCAGGGAGCCAUUCAACUGAUCUGCGGCAACUCAGGACCACAUGAGCUCUGGGCAUGCCGCAGAAGCCUAUCAGCUGUGAGGCGUCAUUCCCCCAAGCUGAGCAGCGGCUGCUGCCCACGCAAGGUUUCUCCUACGCACUGCAACCUCUGGUCAGCUGUGAGGCUGUUCAUUUACAGCUGGGCAGCAUCUGAUUACUGUAUUUGGCAGUGGACGACCGCAUGCGCUUCUGUGGUGAGAGUGUGCUUGUUUGGGAGAGGUGCUUGCUGACCCCCUUUUCAUUUGGCCCCCCAACCCUCGCUGGGGAAGCCUUGUGUGUGAGUGUGUUCCUUGUUGUGUGAGUGUGCUUUGUUGGGCGGGUGCCUUUCAGAAUCCCCCCCUCCAAUUUUAAGGGAGCAGCUUAUAUUCGGGUAUUGUCUUUUUUUCUCCUCCAGUUUUAAAGGUGCGGCUUAUAUCCGGGUGCGGCUUAUGUUUGGGCCAAUAUGGUACACCCCUGGAAUGUCAGUCCCGAGUAAGUUGUGGACUUAGUCAGGGAGAGAGGGUAGGUGGGUAGGUAAAUUCUCCACCCCCAUGUUGUGAGCUGUUCUUCUAUCUGUAAGCUGCCUUGAAUCCUUGCCGUGGAGAAAGGCAGGGUAUGUAUGUAUGUAUGUAUGUAUGUAUGUAUGUAUUGAAUGAAUGAAUGAAUGAAUGAAUGAAAUAAUUUAUGCCAAUCUAGGACAAAGAUGUGGGUGGCGCUGUGGGUUAAACCACAGAGCCUAGGACUUGCCGAUCAGAAGGUCAGCAGUUCGAAUCCCUGCAACGGGGUGAGCUCCCCUUGCUCUGUCCCUGCUCCUGCUGACCUAGCAGUUCGAAAAGACAUCAAAGUGCAAGUAGAUAAAUAGGUACCGCUCCGGCGGGAAGAUAAACGGUGUUUCCGUGCGCUGCUCUGGUUCGCCAGAAGAGGCUUAGUCACAUGAUUUGGAAGCUGUACGCCGGCUCCCUCGGCCAAUAAAGCGAGAUGAGUGCCGCAACCCCAGAGUCGGCCAUGACUGGACCUAAUGGUUGGGGUCCCUUUACCUUUACCUAGGACAAAGAAGGGAUAGGCAAAAUGUAACAAACGUUCUUUUGCCUUCUUGCUUCCUUUCAGGUCCAGAUGAUGAAAGAAACCAACCCCAGGUGGAAGCCCAUAUUCAUUGUGAAACCUGACGGUGGUUGCCAGGGGGACGGAAUCUACCUCAUUAAAGAGCCCAGCGACAUCCAGGUGACGGGGAGCACCCCUUUACGACCUGCGGUGGUCCAGGAGUACAUGUCCAAGCCCUUUCUCAUUGACAAUCUGAAGUUUGACAUCCGCCUUUACGUCCUGCUGAAGUCUCUGGACCCGCUGGAGAUCUACAUUGCCAAAAACGGGCUCUGCCGGUUCUGCACGGAGCCCUACCAGGAGCCGACCCACAAGAACCUCCACCAGGUCUUUAUGCAUCUGACCAACUACUCCCUCAACGUCCACAGCGGGAACUUUGUCCACUCAGAUAGCGCCAACACAGGCAGCAAACAGACGUUCUCCAGUAUCCUGAACAGGUUGUCCUCCAACGGAGUCAACAUUGAGGAGCUCACGGAUGAAAUCAUUUCCCUGGUCAUAAAGACUGUUAUUGCCAUGGUCCCUAACUUGAAAGUUUACUACCAGUCGGAUAUUCCUGCCGGAAAACCAGGGCCUUCUUGCUUCCAGGUGAGCCAAGACUUAGACUAGAGGGCAUCUGAGGGUGCGUAAGAACAUAAGAAAUGACCUGCUGGAUCAGGCCCAAGGGGCCCCCGCCUGGUGUAGCAACCUGUUCUCAUGGUGGCCAGCCUUAUGCCUCAAUUGAGAAAGCUGCAAGUAGAAUUCGAGCCCUCUCCCUUCCAGGGGUUUCCAGCAACUGGCGUGCAGAUCAUUGCUGCCUCCAACCGUGGAGGCGGAACAUAGCCAUCAUGGCUAGUGGACAUGGAUGGCCUUCCCUCCUCCAUGAAUUUGUCCAAUCUUCUUUUAAAGCCAGCCAAGGUGGUGGGCAGCACUGCCUCCUGUGGAAGUGAGUUCCACAGUUUAAUUCUGUAAUGUGCAUUUUCUUUUAUCUGUCCCAAAUGUUCCAAGAAAAUCAUUCAAGGCAACAGAAGUUCUUGCUGACGUAUCCCUCGUCAACAGAUACUGCCUUGGUUUCUUUGUUCAUUUUCAGACUUGUUAUUUUUAUAGAGGCUUGUUAUUUUCAAGCAGACAAGAUAUAAGAGCAUAAUCAAUUGCCAUGAUUCGAAUCAAUACACCCUGUCCAGAAUCUAUCCAGGGCACAUGUUUAAUGAAAUAAGAACCUAAGAUGAGCGUGCCAUAUCAGGCCGCGGGAUGUGGGGUUGCGGCGUUCGGCAUCUAGUCCAGAAUCCAUCUCUCUCUUUUUUUUUUUUUUUUUUUUUUAAAAUAUUUUAUUAAGGAUUUUCUUGUUUUACAGAAGUGUAGUGCCUCGUAUUUUUUUUCCCAUGUAACAUUUUUACAAAUCCGUUUCAUUUGUUGAGGCAUUAGGGGGAGAAGAAGAAAAAAAGAAAAGAAAAGAAAAGGGGGGGUGGAGAGAGGGAAGAUGGAUGGGGGUGGGGUCGGGUGGCGGUGUUUCUAUUAUGUUUAAUGUAUGUAGAGUUUGGUGUCAGCGUUGCUUGUGUUGUUCACUUGUGUUCCUUUGGUGGUGAGAGAGGUUGGGGUUGGCCUAGGGUGUGAUUGUUUGCUUGUGAUUGGCUGUGGUGAUCUUUGUUUUCGUGUGUGAGUGAGGUGGGUGGGUGUUUUGGAUCAGGUUAGCCAUAUUGAUUUGUAUGCUGUUGGUGGAUUAUUGUCAUUGUCCUGUUGGGCUGUGUAUGUGAUAAAUGGGAGCCAUACCGGGGUGAAGGCGUCUUCUUCUGUUUGUCCCCGUGUCAGUUUCAGUUUAUUAGUUAAUUUUUCUAGUAGGGCUGUUUCCCAUACUAUUUGGUACCAUUGGUCCAUGCUUACUCCUGACAGGUCUCUCCAGUGUCUGGUUAUGGUGUUUCUGGCUGCUGAGAGCAGGUGGGUUAUGAGUUCUUUGUGGUGUAAAUGGGCAUUGUUGUCUUGGAAGAUGUUUAGUAGGGCCAAUUCUGGGGUGAUGUCUAUUACUUGCUUAGUUAUUUUACAUAUUUCUUGUAUGGCUGUUGUCCAGAAUAGUUGGAUUUUGGGACACUCCCACCACAUGUGGAGGUAUGUGCCUGUGGAGGUGCACCCUCUCCAGCAUUUUGGUGAGGUUCCUGGGUGUAUUAGCGCUAGUUUCCUUGGUGUUAGGUACCACCUGUAGGUGAGUUUCAGUGUGAGUUCUUUUCUUUUCGUUGAUAUGGAUUUAAAGGGGGGUUUAGACCACAUUCUGGUCCAUUGAGUGGGGUUAAUCUCAUAACCUAUGUCAUUCUCCCAUUGUUUUUUGAUUGCGUCUAGGGGAUUUACAGGAUUUUGGAGUAGUAUUUUGUAUAUUGCGGAUACCGUCCCUUUACCGUUUCCCUUUGUUGUUAGGAGGAGGUUUUCGAAGGUUGUCAGGGGCCUAGUUGCUGCUGAUUUUACUGUUGGGUUGUUUAAGAGGGCAUGAAGUUGGUGUUGUGUUAACCAGGGCAUUUGGGUGUCUUCUAGUUUGUCUUGUAUUUCUUGUGUUGACAAGGGUUUGUUAUUUUUAUAAAAGUCUAUUAGGCGAUAUAAGCCUUUGGUUCGCCAGGUUUUUAUCUUGAGGUUUUGUGCUGCACGGUGGAAUAAUGGGUGGUACACCAGGAGGUUAGUGGGGAUGGGGUUGGGGAUAGUUUGCCUAUUUGUGUUUUCCAUGCUUUGAGCAUGGUCUGUGUGUACCUGUUAAGUGUUGUGGGAAUUUUCUUUAGUUUGUUUGGGAGGAGUGGGUAUGUUGUGGUGCAGGUGUUUUCAAUUGUGUCCCUCUCUAGGUGUACCCAUUGUUUUGUCUCAUCUUCUAGUAUAUAUGGGAUUAUGUGGCGUAUUUGGUUGGCAUUGUAAUAUGCUUCUAUGUUGGGGAUUCCCCAUCCUCCUUCUGAGGUGGGGAGGUGCAGGUAUUUGGGGCUUAUUCUUGGUUUUUAUGUGAGAAGAUGAAAGAGUGUAGUUUUCUCUGCCAACUGCGAAGUUGGGUUGAGGGAUCAGCUUGGGAGGGUUUGGAAUAGGUAGGUUAGUUUUGGGAGUGUGAUCAUUUUGAUCAUGGCUAUUUUGUCUGAGAGAGUGAAGUUCAUGUUAUUCCAUCUCUUUAGGUCUUUGUUAAUUUGUCGCCACAGGGGCUUGUAGUUGUGGAGGUACAAUUUAUUGAGGUUUCUGGUUAUUUGUACCCCUAGGUAUCUGAACUUGGUGUGGCAAAGUUUUAUUUUGGUGACCUUCGUGAGUUCUUUUUGGGUGUGAGGAGGGGUGUUGAAGCACAUAGCUUCUGACUUUGUAAAAUUUACCUGUAGGCCCGACACCAUUGCAAAUGUGUUGAGUUCUCUGAUUAGGGAGGUUGCUGUGCUUAUGGGGUCUGGUGUUGUGACCAUUAGGUCAUCUGCAAAGAGCCCUAAUUUAUAGGUUCUGCCUUUUAUUUCCACUCCCUUGAUGUCUGUGGCUGCUCGGAUGCGGAUUGCUAGGGGUUCCAGAGCCAGGAUAAAUAAGAAGGGAGACAGUGGGCAUCCUUGUUUCGUGCCUCUUUGGAUAGCUAUAGUGUUAGAAUCCAUAUUGUUAGUUCUGCAUUUUGCUGAGGCUUGGGAGUAUAUUUGUUUGAGGAUUUGUAGGAAGUUGGGGCCAAAUUUCAUGUUAGUUAGUACUGCUAAUAUGUAUUUCCACUCCAAGCAAUCAAAGGCUUUGAGGAUGUCUAGGGACAUAAUUGUCAAUGGGAGUUUGGUUGCCUUGCUGUGUUCGAUCAGGUUCAGUAGUUUCCUGAUGGGGUCUGUUAUAUUGCGGCCAGGGACAAAGCCAGUCUGGUCUGGGGCUAUUAACUUGUGUAGGAAGAUUUUUAGGCGGUUGGCCAAGAUUGAUGUGAAUAUCUUGUAGUCUUGGUUUAUUAAUGAGAUUGGGCGGUAUGAUUCUACUUUGAGGCUGUCUUUUAGUGGUUUUGGGAUGGAGACUAUUUUGGAGUGGGUCCAGGUUUUGGGGAUGGGGCCCCCUUUUAUGAUGUCGUUGAAUAGGCGGGUCAUGUAGGGCAUCAAGGGUUCUUUGAAUUUCUUAUAGAAUUCUGCUGUGAAGCCGUCUGGGCCUGGGGCUUUGUGUGGUUUCAGGUUUUUGAGGACCGCAUCUAUUUCCUCUGGGGUGAUAGGGCUGUCCAUGAAUUCCUGUUCCUCAUUAGUUAGGGUAGGCAUGGUCAGUCCUGCUAGAAAUGUUCUGAUUUCCUUCUCUGGUGGGUUAUGGGAGGUGUAUAGGUUGGAGUAGAAUUCUGCAAAUUCUGAGGUUAUUUCUUUGGGGGAGAAUGUUAUGUUGCCGUCUUUUUGGUGAUGCAGUGUAUUCUUGUUUUGAGUGCUUUUUCCUACAUCUAUUUGCUAGUAAUCUGGAGUUUUCCCUCCAUAUUCGUAGAAACGUUGUUUAGAGUAUAGAAUGUUGAUCAUUGUUUUGUUAAUUUCUAGGGAGUCUAGUUCUCUCCUUUUUUGUUCUAUAAGUUUGAGGAGUUUUUAGAUCCUGUUUGUUUGUAGCGUGAUGAGAGGGCUGUGAUGUCUUGUUCUAUUUUGCUAAUUUUUGAGGAGGUUUUUAAAUGAAUGUUUUCUCUUUUAUGCAAGCUCCUCUGGUGACCGCUUUCAUUGCGUCCCAUAGGAGGGGGGUUGUUAUAUUGUUUACAUCGUUUUCUUUGAAGUAGUUUUGGAGGGUUUUGUGAGACUCUCUCUAAUUUGUUUGUUUGUAGUUAGGAUGGGACUGAAGGACCAUGAUGGGGUGGUUUGUGUUCCUUCUCCUAUUUUAACAAUGACUUCUACUGGGGCGUGGUCUGUGAUUUUAAUGUUACCUAUGUUUGUUGAUUCUACUGAGGGGAUCAGACCCUGUGUGAGUAGAAUGCUGUCCAGUCUGGACACUGUAUCAUGGCGUCCUGAUUGGAAUGUAUGGCUGAUGUCUCCGGGUUUUGCUCACCCCAAAUGUCGUAGAGACCCCUGGUUUUUAGCAUUUUUAGUAACUUGUAAGAGUUCCUGGUUGUUGGGGGUUUCCUUCGGAGGAAGGUUGCCCAUGGGGUUGUGGGGUGGAUAUCUUUCAGGGAUAUACCUUUCAUAUUUAGAUUGAGGUCCCCUCCUAGGAUUGCUUCCCCUUCAGAGAAGGAGAGGAAUUUGUUUAGUGUCUUCUGGAAGAAUUCUAAUUGUUUCGUGUUUGGGGCAUAUAUGGAGCCGAUUGUCAGUUUGAUUUUGCCAUCUAGUGUCCCUUUAGCGAAAAUGAAUCUGCCUUUUUGUCCUUGAGGACUGUUGUGGCAGUGAAGUUCAGGUCUCUACUGAGUAUUAUGGCUACACCACGAGCUUUCCCUGAGCCUCGUGCGACCCACUGUUGACUGAAGCGGGGGUCGCUCAGGAGUUUGCUGCCUUUGGGUGGGUUGUGUAUUUCUUGUAGGAAGGUGAUGUGUGGUUUCAUGGUGUUUAUGUAUGAGGUGAUGCGUUUUCUUUUGAUGGGGUUUCCCAGCCCCCUCACGUUUAAUGUAAUUGCUUUUAGGUUAGCCAUCUUGCUUAUCUAUUAUGUGGGGCAAUUCCUUGCCAACCCAUUCGGGUUGUCUUGUGUCUCUCUCUUCGUGUUGUUUAAAAAAGUGGGGUUGCGCUGACCUAGGGUGUGGUGGGCUAAUGGGAUUAGAGUAAGAUUUGGGUUAAAGAGUAGGGGGUAAGUUGUAGAGAGUUUCCUAUAUGUAGUCAUAUAGGUGUUUGUUUGGGGUAUUUUAGGCCAUCUGGCAUUUAGCCAGUUGGUCCUAGGUCUCAGCUGGUGUGGAAGGCCGUGUUCAAGGACAGGCCAUCCCCCCUGUUGUUUGCGAUAGGGGGUGAUCAGUGAGACAGUGUGAAGUGACUUUGUAACGUCGCUGUCAGGUAUAAGGUUCAUAAGCAAUGUUGCCAAUGUUAUGAGCAACAUUAUUGGUGUGUUGGGGUGGGGAUGUGGGUGCUGGUACGCUCUGGUGCCACCAUAGUGCUGGUUGGGUAUCAGAUUUUAGCCUGAUUGUGGGUUGUGUUAUUAAGGUUGUGGGAGUUGUUUUCCCUAGUAUGGAGUAUGGGGGUGUUGAAGGUGUGGGUGAUGGGGAAUGUGGUUGAGGUCGUCUGGACUGGUGUUGGGUUGGGGAUUCCUGUGGGGGUGCGGGGCUGGGGGGGAUGUUGAUGGUGUUAACUAAAUCUAUGUUUUGGGGGGGGGAGAGGGGAAAGGGGGGGAGUCACCAGUCCUUCAGUUUGUGGUUUUUUCCUGGUUGCUUCAUUCAGCUGGGGUUGUUGUUGUUGUAGGGUUGUCCAUCUGCGAUGAAUUGGUUUGGUUGAUCUUGGUCUGGUUUCUUGUGUCGUAUGGCCGGCGGGACGGUUCUGAGCAUGAUGCUUGCCUGUAUUGGUUUGCGUUGUUGUGCCGCUUCUGUUGUUUCUUUUUCUUCUGUACCGUUGUCCAGUUGUUUGCUGUUGUUUCCUCGUGGUUGGGGCUGUCACUUGGUGGGUUUGUCGGUUGCCAUUCCGGUGGGAGGUUGAGUUCAAGGUUUUUAGUAGUUGCAGGGCCUCAGGUAUGUUGGUAGCCAUGUGUUGUGUUGUAUUGGUUGUUACAAUGAGGCGGAAGGGGAAGCCCCAUCGGUAUUUGAUCCCUGCUUGUUGGAGACGCUGGGUGCAUGGGCGCAGGCUUUUCCUCCGGUUUAGGGUAUCCUGAGAAAGGUCCUGUAAGGCCAGAAUGGGGGUUUCUCCAUAUCGAAGGUUGGUUGAGUUUUUGAGAUGGUUCCAUACCUCUUCCUUCUUUUUGUAGCGUGUGAAGCAUACAAUGAUGUCUCUUGGGGGGGCGCUGGGUUUUGGCAUAGGUUUUAGGGCUCUGUGAGCCCUCUCCAAGUCAUCUGCCUCAAGUUUCAGGCUUGGGAUUGUGUUUUUCAGCCAGCGUAUAAUUAGGUCUGCUGGGCUUUUCUCCUCUGUUUUUUCAGGAAAGUUGCGGAAGCGGAUGUUACAACGUCUAUUGCGGUCUUCGAGGUCGGCUUGCUUAAUUUUCAUCUCUCUGUGUUCUGCUUCCAUUUGGUUUACCAGUUCGUCCAGUUUCUUGUUCACACGUGUGUUCUCCUCCCGGUAUUGCUCUAUUAUUCUUUCUUGCAUUUGGUUCUUGUUCUCUAGAGCUUCCACUUUGGAGGUUAGAUUGUUGAUUAGUACCUGCAUGGGAGCCAUUGUGGCCUUCAGUGUUUCUUCUAAUCGUGCUUCUAAUCUUGCUUCCAUUUCCCUCAGAUCUCGUUUCGUUAUUGGGUGGUCGUCAUCUUGAAGGGGAGUUACCAUCUUAGCAUUGUUUGCCAUCUCCCUGGUUGGUGUCAUCUCGGUCUCCCUGAUGGUUUUGGUUUGAGGUUGGCUUGGCGUCCUCUUGGGGUAGGGCGUGUGGUGGUUAGGAGUUGUGGCAGUGGUGAUUCCUGGGUAUUGUUGGGUUGCUGAGCUGAUCAGGCUUUGUUGGCUGGUGGCUUCUACAGAGCGUUUGGAUUAGGUGGUCAUUUGUGUCACUUCUAGCCUGUGUUUUAAGAACUUCUCUAGGGCUUUUGUGGAUGCCUCAGCGGUGCCGCCGAGGUGGGGGGGGGCAGGUAAGCAGAGAUGGGUAGAUUAACGGACAGACAGUUCAUAUAAAGGGAGGGGGUUAGCAGGUAGAGAUGCAAGAGAUUAGAGGGGUGGGGUCAGGGGAAAUAUGUGUUUAGGAGGGGGUUGUAUAUGCCCAGAAGGGGUAUUGGGGUCCAGUUAAGGUGGAAGUUGGGGUUGGGAGUGCGCUCAGAAACAGAGACAGACAAAUAGGCUAUAUGUAAAGGGUGGAGGGAGAAAAAAGGGAAGAAGAAGAAGAAAGAAAGAAGAAGGGGGGAGGCGGGGGGGAGGGGGGAGAUUGGAGUAAAGAGAAGAGAGAGAGAGGGACAAAAAGAGAGUUGAAAGAGCGGGGAGAGAUAGUACAGUAAUAUCAGCGGUAUUAGAAUGCAGCAGUAGUUUUAGCUAUAGUAUGAGGGGGGCAAAUUGUGAUAGGGUGAUAUGAAUGUGUGUAUGUGUUUCCUUUAGGGGAAGGGGGAUGGAGAGCGGGAGGCGGGAGAGAAAGGAGAGGAGGAGGGGGAAGGGUGGGAAAAGGAAGGAGAAGAAAAGAGAGGGGAGAGGGGAGGGAGGGAGGGUGAGCUGCUGCAAUGGUAUGUGGGAAAGUCUAAUUGUAAAAUAGGGGGUGUGGGGCAAAGGGCUCCCCUCUCAAAAACAAACUGAUGAACAGGCUAAAAAGGGGGGGUUGAUUUAAAAAAAAAUUAAAGGGAUAGAGAACAAAAUUGGGGAUGGGAAAUGAAAGGUGGGAUAAAAGGAAAAAAUGAGGAGGGGUGAAGAGAGAGAGGGGAGAGAAAAAAGGGAGAGAAAAAUAAAAAGGAGGGGAGUUGAGGGGAGAGUAUCAAUAGCAAUAGCAGUGAUAUGGAGGAAGUUUUUGUUUUAAAAGAGAGUGGUGGUCGUAGCUGGGGGCGAAAGAUUCCCCCCUCAAGAACAAGCCAACAAAUAGAAAAGAAAGGGCUUUAAAACACACAACGAGGGGAGAAAACACAAUAAUUGGAUGGUUUUGGGAUUUUUUUGUUCUUUUUUUUAAAAAAUAAUAAUAAUAAUAAUAUUUUCCCUAAUUAUUGUUAUUAUUUUUUGUUUGUAAAAAAGUAAUUAAAAAUGUACGGGUAAAAUAUAAAAAUGAGAGUUAAAGGUUAAAAAAAAAAGGUGGGGGUGUCUUUAGAUAGAUAGAUAGAUAGAGCUUUUUAUUUUAUUUUAUUUUAAAAAUGAGUAAAGUAUAGGUAAAAGAGGAUAGGUAAAAGAGAGUGGAAAGUCUGGGGCGAAGUGGCAGUCCCAGGAAAUGGCCUGUGAUGGUUCAGGGCUGUUUCCUGGGUACUGCCAUUUUAGUUCUUAAGAGGGGAGUUUGAGGUGGAAAUAAAAUGAGGUUUGAAUUCAGAGUGUGUGUGUGGAAAAGUGUGUCUUUAAAUAGUGUGUAGAAAAGAUAGCAAUAAAAAUAAAGAUUCAAAUAAAGGGUGGCUGCAGCAGCAGUGGCCCCUCUUUUAAAAAGAAAAGUGAUAAAAGUAGGUAUAUGGGGGAGGGAUAAAAAGAUAUAUAUAUAUAUAUUUUAAAUGGGGGAGGGAUGGGAUGAAGGGGUUAAAAACAAAGGGGGGUUAAAAAAAAAAAAGGGAAAGAGAAGAAAGAAAGGGGGGGGAAAUCCCCUUUGUUAUGCAGCUUCUCUGUGUUUUUUUUCUUGCUGCUGGAGCUCCCGGUGGGGCUCAGCCACGUGUUUUUUCCUGAGCCUCUUUUGCCUUCCCGUGCUCACCUACCUCUCCUCUGCUUUCUUGUCAGCAGAGAUGGGGGCAGCAGCGGUAAGUUUGGGGCUCCUUUUUCUUUCUUUCUUUUUCUUCUUCUUUCCCCUUUUCUUUUCUCCCUCUCUGCGUUAGCUCCACUGUCCUCCUGGUUUUGGAGCUCCUCUCGGCUGUUGGGGGGGGUGGUCGGGUGUCUUUCCGGCUCAAUCUCUGUCGGGGGGUGUUUUGGCUCCUUUGAUAGGCUCCCGGGCACCCCGAUUCCUCUCCGCUGGCGGUGCUGGCGGCAGCAGUCCUGGGAGCCCAGGAGUCGGCCAGACAGAGCCUUUUACUCUGGCUGGCUUCAGGAGCUCUUUUCUGCUGUUGCAGCCGCCAUGCUGCCUCGCCGGAAGUCCAAUCCAUCUCUCUUUUGUGCAUGCAUGCAUAUACAUGUGCAGGCAGAAGGUGGCCAGUUGGUUUCCACACUUUAAAAUACCAGGAGAAAUAAGAGGAUGAGACUCUGAUGGGACUGGACCGCGUGUGUUGCCUCUGAGCCACAGGUUGCCUACCUGUGAUCUAAAUGGCUCAGAUCAGCCUCCCUGAGCAUGGUGCCCUCCAGAUGCACAGCGCUGACGAGGACUGGUUGUAGCAUGAAACAUCUGGUGGUGACAACAGGAUCAAACAGACCUUGCUGGCAGCUGCAUCCCUCACCACAGUUGCCCAGAUUCCCAUUGGAGAAGUGCCAUGGCUGGAAGGCAUGUGAGGACAACUAGGACCAGGAAAAGUUAUUGGGGAAGAUCUUGCAGCUGCCAUAUGUCCACCACUUCUCAGCUGCAGCCCCCCCCCCCGGUGUGCUUGAGACAAGAUUCAGAGUUGGGACUCCAUCCCACACUCUUUUAACUACCCUGUUUUUACUGUUAAUAUUGCAGUUCGAUUUAUUAAUCGCUUUCUAAGCUGCUGUCUGGGGAUGCGGGUGGCGCUGUGGGUUAAACCACAGAGCCUAGGGCUUGCCGAUCAGAAGGUCAGCGGUUCGAAUCCCCGCGACGGAGUGAGCUCCUGUUGCUCGGUCCCUGCUCCUGCCAACCUAGCAGUUCGAAAGCACGUCAAAGUGCAAGUAGAUAAAUAGGUACCACUCCGGCGGGAAGGUAAACGGCAUGCGCUGCUCUGGUUCUCCAGAAGCGGCUUAGUCCUGCUGGCCACAUGACCCAGAAGCUGUACGCCGGCUCCCUCGGCCAAUAAAGCGAGAUGAGCGCCGCAACCCCAGAGUCGGCCACGACUGGACCUAAGGGUCAGGGGUCCCUUUACCUUUACCUUUAACAGCCACCAGAGCUGUCUCAAGGUGAUCCGCACAUAAGAUCAUUAAAAAGAGUUAAAAGAACAACAUAUACAUUUGAAACCCCAGCAGGUGGAUAUCCGUGGUAAAGAACCAUUUAUCCAGCUGGUACAGCCUAUUGGAACAAAAAUGUUUUUAAGAAGGUUCAGAUAGUGCUUGUCUGUUGUAUGUUUGGUUGUAAGUUGUUUUGGGUUGCCUUGGGCAAGAUAAAAGUGACUAAAUGAAUGAAUGAAAUAACAAUAAUAUCUCGACAGGAACUCACCAUUCCACAGGACAGGGGCAGCCCCACUAAAAAGUGCUGCUCCAGGUUACUGCAGGGAGAGUUCUUGAGAUCUUUGGAACUUGCAGGAGAGACUUUACUGCAGGCUGCAAUGAUCUCUUGGGUGUAUAAGGGAUAAGGCAAGUAAUUUGGCCCUGAGCUGUAUAGGGGGUUAUAUGUCAGCAUUAAUACUUUGAACUCAGCCUGGUACUUCUCCAGUUUGCAGACACAAGGGAACAGCAGUGGGUAAAGGCCACCAGCAGGCUUGGGCUGGGCUCCUUGUUUCCAAAUUGUGGAAAUCCACGCCAAGGUCAUCAAGAGACUCUUCCUCCAGACACAAGGCUGUAGUCUUCUGACUCCCUCCCUCGCCCGGCUUGCUUAAAUCAGAAAAUAUAUUCAUUUUCUCUUCUGUUUUCUUCUACUUGUUUUUGCCAGUGAGGGUCAGAAUGAGCAGAAAUCUCAGUAUCUCCUCCUGACCUUUGCAAAAUUGCAGUUCAUGCCAUCCUGACCAGAAGACAGCUGUGAUUAUCUGAGCAGGCUGUGUCAUUAAAGCCAAGAGGAGCUGCCACAGUAACCAUUUGCCAAUUAGUGUCUCAAAAUCUGCAGUCAACAUACUGUACUGUGGAACCCGUCUCUGAGCAAUCUCUCUCUCUCCCCCCCCCUGCUCCUUAGCUUCUCCUUCCACCAGGAAACCACCUUGUUGUAACCAUAGCAAACCUUGCUUUUAGCAUCUAUGGUGGGACACUAUAGGCUACGACCGAUUAACGUGCGUCCGAAAGAUGUGCGACCACACCCAGUGCCAAACCCAGAAGUGACACAGAUUUGUCACUUAACACGUCACGGAAAGGGCAGAACGGGUGGGGUGCUCUUAUAUGAGCUCUGCAGAUACAGGUGAAACUCGAAAAAUUAGAAUAUCGUGGAAAAGUCCCUUUAUUUCAGUAAUUCAACUUAAAAGGUGAAACUAAUAUAUGAGAUCGACUCAUGACAUGCAAAGCGAGAUGUGCUUCUACUUCUCAGAGGUCCAAUCUUGCUCGAUUUGCAAUCCUUGUUUUACUGAUUUCCUUGAAUAUUCUAAUUUUCUGAGAUGGUUAAUUUGGGGUUUUCAUCCUCUGUACGCCGUGAUCAUCGCAAUGAUAACAAAGAAAGGCUUGACCUAUCUUGCUUUGCAUGUCACGAGUCUAUCUCAUAUAUUGUUAUCUUUUCAUUCAGCAACCUAACAGCCCAUGGAUAGAAGCUGUUCUUUAUCCUGUUGGCGCGACUAAUCAUGCUUCUAUAUCUUCUGCCCCAGGGCAGGAGAUCAAGAAAGUGCCAGCCAGGGUGUGAAUCAUCCCUGAGAAUUUUCCUCAAUCUCCUGAGGCGACGUUCUUCCGCUAUUUCAUCCAGCGGAUUCACGGGACAGCCCGUAAUUGGGGUGGGUAACUAGUAAGAACUCAUCCACCCAGGAGAAGUUUAUCCAGAUACGAUGACAUUAGUGCCGCUCCUUUUCUGUAAAAGUCAGGUCAAACAGGGAUGCCUACAUUGCCAUGUUUUCACAAGGCUCUGGGAGUGUCUGUGAGAACUUCUGUGGUCUUGAUGGUUUUGUUGGAAGAUUCAGGACAGAUAGAAUAAAGUACUUCUUCAGUGCAGUGCAUAGUUAAAGUAUGGUCCUUGCUCCCGCAAGAGGCUGUGAUGGUCACCAAUUUGGAUGGCUUUAAAAGAGGAUUGGAUGAAUUCAUGGAGGAGACAAGGUUAUCAAUAGCUGCUAGCCAUGGCUCUGCUCUCCCUCCAUGGUCAGCAGCAAUAAUGCUUCUGAAGAAAGACCGGUUGCUGGAAACUGUAGGAAGGAAAGGGGAGCUCUUGUACUCUGCACCUGCUUAUCAGCUUCCCAUAAUGGGCAUCUGGGUGGUUACUGUGAGUUUGAGACCCAUCAGCUACCCUCACCUGGUGUAGCCAGCCAGUCAAAGCUGUUUCCCAGGGGAACCAGGCAGAGAGCCUUCUUGGUGGUGGCGCCUGCCCUGUGGAACGCCCUCCCAGCAGAUGUCAAGGCAAUAAGCAACUAUUUUACUUUUAAAAGACAACUGAAGGCGGCCCUGUUUUUUUAAUAUUAAUAUUAUUAUUAUUAUUAUUAUUUAUUUGUAACCUGCCCAUCUGGGCGGCUUCCAACAAGGAUUAAAAAUACAUUAAAAUGUCACACAUUAAAAACUUUCCUGAACAGGGCUGCCUUCAGAUGUCUUCUAAAUGUCAGGUAGUUGUUGUUCUCUUUGACAUCUGGUGGGAGGGCAUUCCACAGGGCGGGCGCCACUACCGAGAAGGCCCUCUGCCUGGUUCCUGUAACUUCGCUUCUCACAGUGAGGGAACCGGCAGAAGGCCCUCAGAGCUGGACCUCAGUGUCCGGGCAGAAUGAUGGGGGUGGAGACGCUCCUUCAGGUAUACAGGACCGAGGCCGUUUAGUGCUUUAAAGGUCAACACCAACACUUUGAAGUGUGCUCGGAAACGUACUUGAAGCCAAUGUAGGUGUUUCAAGACCGGUGUUAUGUGGUCUUGGAAGGGAAGUUUAGGGAAGUUUUUAAUGUUUGAUGCUGUAUUGUUUUUAAUAUUCGGUUGGAAGCUGCCCAAAGUGGCUGGGGAAAGCCAGCCAGAUGGGCGGGGUAUAAAUAAUAAAUUAUUAUUAUUAUUAUUAUUAUUAUUAUUAUUAUUAUUAUUUAUUAUAAUAUUAUAACAGGAUUCUGGACUAGAUGGUCCUCGUUUGGCCUGAUCCAGCAAAUUCUUCUUUUGUUCUUAUUUUAUUAAAAGCGUGCCCUGGGUGGAUUGAUUUGAAUCAGGGCAAUUGACUGAGCACUCACAUCUUGUCUCUGUGUUAGCUUUAUAUCUUGUCAAGUUUGAAAAUGAAGAAACAACCCCAGGUAGCGUAAAUCGGCAGUUUAAUCAGCGAGUGUAUCAAAAAGGCUGAUUCAAUGGCCAAACCAAGUUUCAUUUCAUUCAUUUAAAUUUAUAUGCCACUUCACAUUUCAGCAGAAAACUUAAGUGGUCUAAAAAUCCCUUUACAAAGGAGUCAAUACAAGACAUAUAAUACCAUCCGCAUUCAAAUCAAGCAAUACUACAUCUCCUACUGCCAACCAUAGGAAUAAUUCCACUUUAAGUGACGUAAUUAAAUAAAUCUCUAAACCAUGAAACUAAGAACUACAGAAACAAAUCAUAUGCAAAAGAUAAGAAUAUAUCAAAGUACAUCAAGAUGUGCUAUAGUUACAAUAUAUAAUUGUAGAAUCAUAGACAUCUCCAUAAAUAUUCCAAAAACAUGUACCAUUCUCUGUUUGUGGAAUGCUCUCCCCAGUAAGGCUCGCCUGGCGGCUUCAUUAUACGCUUUUAGGUUCCAGGUGAAAACGUUCCUUUUCAACCAUGCAUUGGGCUGAUUGACAUCCUAUAUUGUAUCAUUUGUUCUUUUUGUUAUGUGUUUUGUGUUUUAUCUUGUAAUUUUAUGCUGUGAACUGCCGGAGAUCUUCAGAUGACGGGCAGUGUACAAAUUAAAUAAAUAAAUACAGCUAUCUUAUUUCAUUUAUUUAUUUAUUUAACAAAAUGUAGGAAGAAAGCUUUUUACUAAAAUAUAUUACAAAAAUAAUCUUAACCCCACUUACUGCUUUCCAUUGAUACUACCCGAUAUAUAUAUAUAUAUAUAUAUAUAUAUAUAUAUAUAUAUAUAUAUAUAUAUUCUUUAAAUGGUGCAAUUCUGAUAAUUAACCACAUUAGAGUAUUUCUUUACAUUAUGCCAGAACUUCCUCAGCUGGCGCUGUCUUGCUGUUUUUAGGCUCCCAACACCUUCCACUUUGGACUUAAUGCUAAGCCACAAACCAUCACGGUUUGUUGCUCAUGCUAAGAGACGAUUGAGGCAGGAACCACCUGCCCAUUCAGGGGAAACCAUUAUUAAUUACGUGUGAUGUGUGAAUGCAGCCAUUUUAUCCAGCAGAGGCAAGGAUUCCGUUUAGAGAUUAACUGUAGGGCUGGUUCUGAAAAUGCUUAAUAUCCAGCAUAGGGGAGUUUGGAAAUGUAUAUAUAUAUAUAUAUUUUUAAAAAGCUGUUGUCUCUUGUCUCAAGAUUUUAGGGUUUGACAUUCUUCUGAUGAAGAACCUGAAGCCGAUAUUGAUGGAAGUCAAUGCUAACCCCAGCAUGAGAACUGAACAUGAGAAAGAGGUGAGUCUUUUCCUUCAGCCGCAGCCAGGCUACUUUAGAGACUUUUCUCUGAAAGGCAGAAGCUGGCUGUGGACUUCAACAGCUCCUGCCUCCCCUCAGGGUGCCACCUCGCUUCCUUCCUCAAAAUAAUAAUAAUAAUAAUAAUAAUAAUUAAUAAUAAUUUAUUGUUUAUACCCCACCCUCCCCAGCCAAGAUCGGGCUCAGGGCGGCUAACACCAGGUUAAAAACAAUUGAUUAAAAUACAACUUAAAAACAAGAUUAAGUACAACAUUAAAAUGCAGCCUCAUUUCAGUAGAAACUCAAAUCAACAACUUUUGGGGGAUGAAAACAUCAAAUCUUCACCAAGGCCAACUAUCCAGACUGGUCCUACGUGGGCCAGAAAAAAGCCAGGGAAGUCCCCAAAUAGGGGUUCCAUCACAGAAGGAUAAAGGAAAAAGGAAGAGGGGGAGAGGAUCAAAUUGACUCCAUGCCAAAGGCCAGGCAGAACAACUCUGUCUUACAGGCCCCGCGGAAAGAAAUCAGAUCCUGCAGGGCCCUGGUCCCAUGAGACAGAGCGUUCCACCAGGCUGGGGCCAGUGUUGAAAAGGCCCUGGCUCUGGUUGAGGCUAAUCUGACUUCCUUAGGGCCUGGGACCCCUAGGGUGUUGCUGUUUAUGGACCUUAAGGUCCUCCACAGGGCAUACCAGGAGAGGCGGUCCUGUAAGUAUGAUAACAAUAAUAAUAAAAUUUAUUUAUACCCCGCCCUCCCCGGCCAGGGCUGGUCUCAGAGCGGCUAACACUGAAUAUAAAUUACAAUAAAACGUAAUAGAAGAAAAAAGGGGAAAAAACAAUUAAAAUACAGCUUAAAAUACGGCUUAAAAUGCAACCUCAUUUUAGUAGUAGCUCAUAAAUCAAGACCAUAAAGGGAAGAGAUAUCAGAUAUUCACCCAAGCCAGCUAUCUAUGCUGGUCCAACAUGGGCCAGCAAAAAAGCCAAGGGAAAAUUUAUAUACCAAAUCAAUCAAUCAAUCAAUCAAUCAAUCAAUCAAUCAAUCUUUAUUACGGUCCAGAGACCCACAAAUCGUUACAAAGCAAUGCACAAUUCAUACAGCCUACAUCCAGGUUAAGCAUUUUGUUCAAAAGAUAGGGAUCAUUGGUUCUUGCAAUCACCGAUAAAAACUUUGCCACUGCUAAUUUUCUAGCGUUUGUCCGGUCUUCCAAUAGGAACCUGGCAUAGUGAGCCUCUGAUUUUCCCGUGAAAGGUACCAGGGUAAUAUCAGUUCAGCCCUGGCUUGCUCAUAUUUUGCACAGUGCAGCAAAAUAUGUUUUAUGGAAUCGAUGUAUUGAGCACAUGAGCCAUAUACCAAAUCCCAUAUAAGGGGUCAAAGUGAGUCCAAGCCGAAGGCCAGGUGGAACAGCUCCAUCUUGCAGGCCCUGCGGAAAGAUGUCAAAUUCCACAGGGCCCUGGUCUCUUGUGGGAGAGCGUUCCACCAAGUGGGGGCCAGUGCCGAAAAGGCUGUGGCCCUAGUUGAGACCAAUCUAAUCUCCUUGAGGACCCCCAAAGUGUUGUUAUUUAUGGACCUUAUGGUCCUCCUCAGGGCAUACCAGUAGAGGCAGUCCCAUAGGUACGAGGGUCCUAGGCCGCAUAGGGCUUUAAAAGUCAAAAAAUGCACCUCCUCUCCUUCCAGGUAGCUUUGGGCUUGACCCUAAGGGCUAAACUCCAGACCAGAUGUUGCAGAUCUGCAGCUGGAUUUUCUGCCUCUUCUCUUCAAAGCAGUCAUGUGAUGUUGGAGGGGAGAUGGGACGGGGGAAGGUGGGUUCAGUUGGAUGGUUUCUCCUAACAGGAAAGAUAAGGACUUGGAAAUUUGCAACCUGAUCUCUUUUGGGUUUCUGUUUGGAACAGGGGGUGGGAGGAUUUGCCCUGAGAAGGGGGUGCUGUGGUCCCAAUCCAGUUUGCUCCCCGCAGCUGCUUUUAAAUGGUAACUUAGAGAGGUUGGGGGAGGGAUCUGGUUUACAGAUCUCUAUCCCACCUGAUUUGGACUCAUAGGUUCUGAACCACAACUUGUAAGUGAAGCCUUUACUAUGCAGAACUGCACCCACACUUAGGGAAGACCUUUCUGGAAUUCUCACACAGGGGAGAUUCACCUGGGGUCUCCCAAGUUGUUGUCUUCAUGCAAUGGAUAGAAUUGUAGAGUUGAAAGUGGCCAACCAAGGAUAGCUAACCAACGUCUGUUUCAAAGCCUCCUGUGAAGUAGAGUCCAUCAGCUUCUGAGGUAGUCUGUUCUUUCCAUCAGAAAAUUCUUCUUAAUAUUUAGUUGGACCCAUGUAAUUUGUAAUUGGGACCCAUGAUUUGGUCCUCCCUUCUGGAGCAGGAGAAAACAAGCUGUCUCUAUCUUCCAUGUGGCACUGUGAAAGCCCUUCAGAUAUUUUAUGAUGGCUAUGUAUCACCUCUCAGUCUUCUCAGUAGCAAUUGAAGAGGGUUUCUUUCAUUCGUUUAAUUCUCCCAGGCCUUUUAAAUGCACCUUUGAUGUUUGCAGGUUUUUUAAUUCCCAUUUUUGAACGCUUUAUGGCAUUGCAUUGUGUGUGGGGUGGUGAUUCUUUUUUAAAAAAAUGUUUGUAAGCUGCGUUAGGAACUUCAUCAUGGAAGAUCUGGCAUUUUGUUGAUUUUAAAUAUUCCUGCGCUGCCGUACAACCAAUGGAGCGAUUCAUCAUAAAACCAUGCCAUAAAAUAAAAUUUCAAAACCAUUUGCAGUAAGAGAGGUAAGAGCAUAUAAGAGAAUAUAAAUUCCUCUAUGGCUUUUGCUUCUGUCUUCCUUCCCCAUCAUCCUUUUUUAAAAAAUAAAUAAAUUGUAAACUCAUUGGGACACUGGUGUGCAGCUAUAUUGAUCAGAAUAUAGAGCCUUUGAGGAUUUACUACUGUUAAUGUUGGGAUUCCUGCUAACUUUGUAUCAUUUUGAAGUGGUUCAAGGUCUGCUGGAUGAAAUCCCACAUGUUAAAUGCAAACAGCUCCGUGUGCUGGCUCUGGAUAGCUAGCGAUGCUUGAGCGAGAUCUCAAGUGGCUCUGCGAGAUCUUGCAAGAGUAUCCCAGAACUGGGCCUUGUCUUGCCAGCAAGGCAGAGAGCUUGAAAUCUCUUUUGGUGCCCGGGAAACCCAGCGUGAAAAUAACUUUGAAGCUCACUGCCUUGCUUGCAGAAUUUCAGCCAGCCGGCCGGCCUUCAACUGCAUAUGGUUGAAUUCACACAAGUUAAAUGCAAUCAUAUUGUACUGCCUGCCCCAGCCCGCCAACUUCUCUCCAGGCAAGGAAGAAAAUGGCUAGAGUGCAAUCUAUACAGGCUAUAACCAGCCAGGAAAGUGGUUGAAUAGAUCUAGUACAAUGGAUCAGCUACACCCAGGGAAAUUAUUCACCUAUUGCAUAAAAGGUUGGAUUUUUCUGGGCUCUGCAAAGCACCACACACACAAACACACACACGAAGUUGAACAGGAGAAAUAAGAGACAAGCAGCUUUUGCUCACAGUUGUGCAGAAGCUCCAUAAAAGUGUAUGAACAAAGCAUGCCUGUUCCCAGCACGGAAGUAGCCUAAGGAUGUCUAAUACAGAGCAGUGAGUGCGCCUCUGUUGUGUGUUUGUUUUUGUAGGCUGGGAGCAAAGCAACACUGUAGACCAGGGCUGGGGAAACUUUGGCCCACCAGAAGCUAUUGGACUCCAGUUCCCAUCAGCCAGCUUCAUGGUCAGGGAUGAAGGAAGUUGUAGUCCAAGAGCAUGUGGGAAUCCACAGGUUCCCCAUACCCAAUAUAGGGAGAAUUUUGUCAUUCAUCAGUGUACACUAUUUGAAUCCAAGGUUUCUCCGGGAGUCAUUGAGUACAUCCGAAGCCCUGUCGAUGAGGCAGUCAAAGUCUCUGUCAUCCGGGACACCCUGCGGUUAGUGGACCCACGCAAGAAAAGGAAGGAAAAGACAUUGUAAGUGUGUAUUGAUUUCAUGUCCAUUAUCAGAUGUAUGUCUGUUAUUCGCAGAAGGGAGUUGCUUUCUCAUAUUAGAGUUCAGUGACUAGGCAGUCAAAAUUCUGCAUCAAGAGCAGCCGGAUUCUGCAACCUGCACCAAUGACCUUCUCUGUAACCUUUGCUGCUUUGCAUAAUACAUCCCAGUUCUGAUUUUAGCAGGCCUUGCACAAUGACUUUCAAGCAUAUCUCUGCAAUCCUAAUGGCAAGUAACAUUAUUUUUAAUGGAAACGUGAAAUUCAUUGGGAGUCUGCAGACACCUCCAAUUCUGUUGCCCCCUUCCUCCAUGCUAGUGUCCCCUAAGGUGUGACAUACAUACCAUAGCUGUCAACCGUUCCUUAUUUGGCGGGAAAGUCCCUUAUCCCAGCGCAGUGUCCCGCUGCUGUCCCUUAUUGAUGAUGUCCCUUAAAUUUCCUGAGUUUCAAAGGAAGCAGCUCCUCUCCCUCCCUCCCUGUCAGGGAGGAGGGAGGCUCCAACUCUGUUGCUUGGCUGCGUUGCUCACCCAAUAAGGAGUCUAAGAACGACUGGGGGGUGGAGCUUGCAUGCCUUGUGCUGAUCAAAUUGGCCGCGUUGCCUGGGGACUCGCCUUUGCUCAGCGCUUCCCAGCGGAGAGGUGACGGUGGUUUUCCUUGCUGCAUCCCCUUUGCCGGGUUGCUGCGCUGUGGGAACCACCGCUUGAGGCUUCGUUUGGCUGCUGGCUGGGCUUUCUGCCUUUGGCUGGGAGGGGCUCAGAAGUUGAACAUACCUGUGCUCUGAAAAUCCCUUAUUUUCGAGGCUGCUGGUCCCUUAUUUUCGAGGCUGCUGGUCCCUUAUUUUCAAAUCUGUAAGUUGACAGCUGUGAUACAUACAAAGCUACUAUAAGUAUUAUUGCCGUCAGCUUUACGUGGGGCUUCAAUUGGUCUUAAACGCAGCAGCCAGGUUGCUCACUGGUGCAAGGUGGUUUGAGCAUAUUACACCAAUCCUGCCCCAACUGCACUGGCUGACAGUUUUUGGGCCCAAUUCAAAGUGCUGGUUUUUGACCCAUAAAACCUUAAACAGCUCAGGACUGCAAUACCUCAAGGACUACCUUUGUGUGCUUCUUCCAUGAGAGGUCCAGAGGGUGGCAACAUGAGAAGGGGCCUUUUCCGGGGUGGCUCCAUGUUUGUGGAAUUUCCCGCCCCAGCGAGGCUUGCCUGGAGCCUUCACUACAUACCUUGAGGUGCCAGGAAGAAACAGCUCUAUAACCAGGUCUUUGGCCUUUAACUAUCUCUGGCCUUUAGAAGUGGGUGGGAUGUUUUAAAUGCAUUUUUUUCUCUCUCUCUGCCUGCCUUGGUCUUAAUAUAUCUAUGUGGGGUUGUUUUUGCAAGUUGUUUUGGGCAAGAUACAGCGACUAACAAUGAAUAAUAAUAAUAAUAAUAGCAGCAGCACCUGCAUUUCAGAAUGUACAGUUGUGCUGUUGCUUGGGAGAAAAGGGAUAGGCAAAGGGGAUGGUUCCUUCUGCAGCCCUCCAUUGAAAUGUUUGGCAGGAUGAACCCUUAUCUGCCACAGCAGCAGCCUUCCUUUGGUCGCAAUAUUGAAAUGGCUGCAUGGGAGAAGGUAUGGAAUGUUGGUUUGAAAUUCACAGCAUGUUAUACACCGAAAGAAAUUUAUUUGAAAAGGAUGUACAGGUGGUAUUUAUCUCCAAGCAGACAUGCUAAGAUGUAUAAAUCAAAAUCAAAUUUGUUCUGGAAAUGUAAAGAAAAGGAAGGUAAUUUCUACCAUAUGUGGUGGUCCUGUAAGAGAACAAAAGCUUUCUGAUAAAUUGUUUAUAAUGAAUGGAAGAAAGUGUUUAAAAUAACUUUUAGUAAAAAAAACUAGAAACAUUUCUUUUAAGGAUAGUGAGUAAAGAAACAACAGCAACAACAAAAAUUGAAUUUUUAUACUGCCCUAUACCCAGAGGUCUCAGGGAGGUUCACGGAACAAAAUCAAAACAUAAAACCACAAAAUAUAUAAUCAAAAUAAAAACAACAACCCAAUAACCCCCCCAAAAAACCCCCACAUUUUAAAUUCUGAAGAAGCUUAGAAAUUUGUUUAUGAAUGCUACAACCAUAGCCCAAAUGGUAUUUGCCCAGAGAUGGAAAGAGGAAGCUACUCCAGCCAAGGAAGAGUGCCUGAUUAAAUUGAUGGAUUUUACUGAAAUGGCAAAAUUAACGAGUGCAAAGAAACCAAGAGGAGAGAAAAAAUAUUAAGGAGUGGAGAAUAUUUGUGGAAUAUGUGAAAAAUCAUGGUAUGCAACUAAGUGCAUUGGCAGGGCCAACUUAAAUCAAGCAGUUGAAAGUAUUCUCAAGAUUAAUUGUAGAAUAAUUCAGAAAUGGAUUAAAGUGGAAAAUGCAUGGUUAAAAAUUUAAAUAAGAGAAGAAGCCAUAAAAGUGGGGUAGGGAAAUCUGAUAUGUAUUUGUAAUGGAAAUACGAGAUGGUAAGAUGUGUAUCUGUAAAUUCUUGAAAAUUGAAAACCAAACUUACAUUAAAGGGCUGCAAAUGGCCAGCUCUUUAGAUGAUUUUUUUUUUAAAAGCAUCAGUUUUGCUGUAGAGAUUGUUUUGCGGUCCUGCUCCCCUCCUUCCUUGCCUCUCCUUCCACCCAUGCUACAUUUUCAUUAUACUCGCUCCAGCUAAUAUUAGAACCAAGAGUCUUUAGUAAUUUGCACUUUCUGUUCUACAUAUUUUUGACUCUUGAAAUCCCGCACAUCAACAGAUUUGCAUACCCAUUCAGUUUGAAGGCCUGACGGCAGGCUGGUGAGGAAUUGCUCCUCUCAUCCUGGCUAAAAUGUGUGAAAAUUGCAUGUAGACAUUACUCCCUUGCUUGGGGCAGGGGGGUGGGGAAUAAACUCAGGCAGCCCUUGUGAAAUCCUCCGCAAUUCAGAGGUGAGCAGGCACGAAACAGUCUUGGGUAGAACUCAACAGACCAUACAAAGUGAAAUGUCAUCCUUCCAGAAAUAGCUGCCAAGAGAAGCAUCUCUCUUUCUGGGUGCCCUGCUAAAACAAAUUGGUUGCAGGCCAAUUACUGUGUAUGUUUCAUGCUGGUGGAGCAAAGCCCUCUGCAGCUUGCCCCCCAGUAUCAAACACACGUAUGAAGAGCCCUGCAGGAUCAAAGUCUAGCGUCUCAUCUCCCACCAUGCCCAGCCAGAUGCCUCUUGGGAAGCCCACAAGCAGGGCAUGAGUUCAAGAGCUGCUCCCCUCUGUCCUCCUUAGUGUUAAGGACAUAAGCAGAGGCUUGUGAGAAAAUGGGAAAAAAAAUUGGGAUAUGAUUUACAACGAAUUGAAAAAACUGUUCAAAUAUACUUCCCCUACCCAAAAACCCCAGAAGCCUUUUUGCUGGGGAUGAGAGGAGAUGAAAUAAGAAAAGCAGAUCAGAGAUUAUUCAUGUACGCUACAGCUGCUGCCAGAAUCUUAGUAGCCCAAAAAUGGAAAACUCAGGAAAUACCAACAUUAAUGGAGUGGCAGACAAAAAUGGUUGAAUAUGUGGAAUUAGCAAAACUGACCCACAGAAUCCGUAACCAAGGGGAAACAAAGUUCAGAAAUGAGUGGAGUAAAUUUCUGGAGUAUAUACGUAAUAAUUGCAGAAGUUUAAAGGCUGUAGUAGGAUUAAAAUAAACCUUAUGAUCUGAACAGGAUGGUGUUAAGAAUCUGUGAAAAAUGAAAGAUUAAUAUGAAAACCUCUGAAGGGAAGGAGGGAAGUCUGUGCUCGACAGUGUUGAGAAAAUAAGUGUACAUAGGAUUGUAGAACAUUUAGUGUAUUUAUUUUGUUUUGUUUGUGUUAAAGAAAACUCAAUAAAAAGUAUUUUUUUUUAAAGGACAUAGGCAGAGGCUGCUGGAUCAGGCCAGUGGCCCGUCUAGUCCAGCCCCUUGUUCUCUCAGUGGUCAACCAGAUGCAUUUUCUGGGAAGUACACAGCAGGCAUGGCAUGAGCCACAGGAUUACUCGGCACCCCACCCAGGUGGCUUCCAGCAGCUGGUAUCUGGUAGCUUUCCUGCCUCUGACUUUUGAAGAUGGAAUGUAGUCAUUGACAGCCUUCUCCAGGCAUUUGUCUACUCCGCAUUUGAAGCCAUCCAUUUUGGUGUCCACCACUGCCUCCUGUUGGAGUGAGUUCCACAGGUUUACUAUGCUCUGCGAGAAUAAUAAUAAUAAUAAUUAUUAUUAUUAUUAUUUAUUUAUAUCCCGCCCUCCCCAGCCGAAGCCGGGCUCAGAGCGGCUAACAACAAUAAAAGUAACACAGCAUUCUAAAAUCAAUUCAUUAUAAAAUCAAUUCAGAAUCAAAUUAAAGGCAGCCAUUGGGCUAGAGUUCUAUGAGGAUUACCAAAGGAGGGGGUCAGACUGAGCCUUGGCCAAAGGCCUGGUGGAACAGCUCUGUCUUGCAGGCCCUGCGGAAAGAUGUCAAGUCCUGCAGGGCCCUAGUCUCUUGGGACAGAGCGUUCCACCAGAUCGGGGCUAUGGCCGAAAAAGCCGUGGCUCUGGUUGAGGCCAGCCUAACCUCCCUGUGGCCCGGGACCUCCAAGAUGUUUUUGUUUGAAGACCGUAAGGUCCUCCGUGGGACAUACCAGGAGAGGUGGUCCCAUAGGUACGAGGUACUUCCUUCCUUUUAUCUGUGCUGAAUAUUCCAGCACUCACUUUCAUUGGUGGUCCACGAGUUCCACUGUGGUGAGAGACGGAUAAAAGCCACCGUUGCAGGGAAGGUGAGUACAGGUUAGGUCAGAAAGGACAGUCUAGCAAACUUGGAGGUUCCUCUCUCGAUCUUCCCCAGGACAAGAUGAGUUGCAUCUCAACACUUCCAGCAAAAAAUCCCUUUGUACUGUUUCUUUGACCAAAAUCUCCCGCCCUGCCCCUGCCCUCCAACUGAUUUUUCUCUUCUGGGGAAUAGAUACGGGUUUUAGAUUCUGUUUUCCUUGAUCUAAUAAAGUCCUGUGGCCUGUGUUGACAUUGUAGGCAGUUGAUAUGCCACUAUCCAGUUGGUGAAGCUAUCUGUGUGUGGAUAGAUUUGAUUUGCCACUAAUUGCCUCCUCAAUUAAAACAAAUGAAGCAUCAGAAUGAAAGUAAGGACUUUAAAGAUACCACCCCUAAAGCUUUUCACAGUCGUGAGAAAUUAAUGGCUCAGAGAAACAUUCUGAUGCCCUUUAUAGAAGCUGCAUAUUGUUCCCUAGCGAUGUUUAUCUUUUACAUUGAGUUAAUAAUGCCCUGCUUUGAUCUCCCCCCCCCCAUUGCACCAUGCAUCUCAAUUCUCUCUGAAAGUGCUUCCAGAUCUGUCAGGAGCUGCAGUGUGAUUUAUUUUUGGAUCACCAAUAAGGGUUGUAGGAAUGAGAACUCGUGCAGAGAAAGUGAAUAGGGAUCCCCCCUCCCCCUUGCAUAAUAAUAGGACUCUGGGUUAUCUGACUAGCUGAAUGUUGUAAGGUGUAGGGAAGGUAAGCUGUGGAAUUCAGGAUAUAGUGAUGGGUCACCAUCCUGGACAACUGUGUCGUAAACAAAAUCUGCCCUUUUUCCCUUAUGGGGUACCCAAAAGCCCAUACAGAGUCCUUACAUAGGUUCCCUAUUGGUAGGAGAAAAUAACAGAGGCCAACCAGAGAAUAUUGAGAAGCAAAGCAGCUAGUAAGCCUGAUCUUUAUUGAUCUGUUGCAACAGGGUCACGCAGGAGAGAGGAGGAGGAGCCCAGAACAGUGGCGCGCAAGGCCUUAUAUAGACAUUUUAAAUUGCCCACCCUGGAGUCCAAGACCACCCCUCCAUACAUACAUCACAGAAGGGGUGUAGCUCAAGACCACUUCCCAGACACAUCAUACAUACAUCACAGAGAGGGCUGUCUACAGCAGAAAUAUGAGUGCUUUGUUUACCUCCUGUCUGCCAGGUUACCUGUUUAGUGGUCACUUGAUUGGGGAGCCUGGCCAGUCUUUUGUAAUGAUAAAUACUUUGUUCCUGGGCCAGGUCACAGGCUCACACCCUAUUCAUAUCUUAAAUGUGCCCUUAAGACAGGAUUUGUGAAGGAAAAGACAAUGGGGAGGCUUUUCCAUUUUCCUCUGACCUUGCAGAGAGAACAUUUGCUCAGUUUGGGAAUCAAAAUGGUUCCAGGUCAGUCUUCCUGUGAUCUAUGUACGUGCUUGGUUGGUACACUUAUGAACAUUUAACAUAUAUCUAAGACCUCAAAAUUCCUAUCGCACUCCCCACCAUUCCAGGGAAAGAUGCAGGGUUUUCCCUUCCGAAUGAGAAACCGUCCACUCUCCUGCAACCUCUCUUCCUUCCUGCCAGGUGGGUGAGCGAUGGGUGGAGUCGCCAGCUCUGCAGGCGCAGCAAACUACCAAAUUAAAACGUUGCAAAAGUAGGAUUUAAUUGCUGGCGGUUUAUUUGGAAGGUGCCUGGUGUGCGCGUACACAGAGGAGAAUAUGAUGCUUCAAGUUAGAUUUCUGAGGCUUAAACGGGGGAGGGGAAGGGGGCUUUUCACCCUUUCCUUCCUUUUUUUUUGCCACCAGGCAUUCUGCCUGCCUGCCUGGUGUUUAAUUGGAAGCUGUGUGUAUCACUUUUGCCUGCAUACGCUCCAAACGGCUUUUGAAGUGCCUUCCCCCUUCUUCCCAGGCUCUUUCCCUUCAGCACUAAUGAUUCUGCUUCCCUGUCGCGUCAAAAGGAAAUAUUUGAGUCUUGCUUUAUUAGUGCUAAUUAGCCCAGAGAAAAAUUGGGAGAGGCUUUUUCUUCUUCUUUACGAAUAAUAAUAAGAGUAGCUUCUUUGGCCACCCAUUUCUGUCACUAAAAAAUGUUGCACUUCCCUUUUUUUAAUUCCACAAGACUUGUGAUGAGCGUUUGGAAGUUCCUUGAGUAAAUUUGGAGGCAGUGGGGAGACAUAUAUCAAGGUUGUGGAACCACAGGCCAAAUGGGAUCUCCUUGUAGCUUCACACUGGGCAGAAGAAAGUGUUGCUCCUCCUCCUUUCACAAUGCUAGAUCUGAAGCUGAAUGUUGGAAGUUUCAGGACAGAUAACUGAAAGUCCUGCUUUGUGCAGUGCAUAGUUAAACUGUGGAACUCACUUCCACAGGAGGCAGUGAUAGCUGCAGCCUCCCCUCAUCCACUGCCCUGUCCUGGUUCUGGUGCACUUUGAUAUUUGGUAUGUGCCUCAGUCAGCUUUUAAAGAAUUGUUUAAUAAAUAAUAAUAAUAAAAAAACUUUAUUUAUAUCCCGCCCUCCCCAGCCGAAGCCAGGCUCAGAGCGGGGAACAACAAUAAAAGCAACACAGUUCACAUAAAAUCACAGUCAAUCAAUUGAAAUGCAUUCUAAAAUCAAUUCAUUCUAAAAUCAAUUCAAAAUCAAACCAAUGGCAACCAUUGGGCUAGAGUUCUUUUUUUUUCUUUUUUAUUAAAGGUUUUCUUGAUUUACAAAAGUGUUUGCAAUGUCUCUCUUGUAUUCCCCCCCCAUGUAACAUUCUUACAAAUCAGUUUCAUUUGUUGAGACAUUAGGAAGAAAAGGGGGGAAGAGGUAGCGGGGGGUGGCUAGAGUUCUUUGGGGACUACAGAAGGAGAGAGGGGGUCAGACUGUGCCUUGGCCAAAGGCCUGGUGGAACAGCUUUGUCUUGCAGGCCCUGCGGAAAGAUGUGGUUUAUCAAUGCCUCCCAGCUAUGAUUGUGAAUUAGAACCUCCAUUGUCGGAAGCAAUCUACCUCUAAGUAGCAAUUGCUUGGAGGCAAAGAGCGAUGGUGGCUCUUGCCGGCAUGUACCUGCUUGAUGCGGGUGGUGUUAUGGGUUAAACCACAGAACCUAGGACUUGCCGAUCAGAAGGUCGGCGGUUCGAAUCCCCGCAACGGGGUGAGCCCCCGUUGCUCGGUCCCUGCUCCUGCCAACCUAGCAGUUUGAAAGCACAUCAAAGUGCAAGUAGAUAAAUAGGUACCACUCUGGCGGGAAGGUAAACGGAGUUUCCGUGUGCUGCUCUGGUUCGCCAGAAGCGGCUUAGUCAUGCUGGCCACAUGACUGUACUCCGGCUCCCUUGGCCAAUAAAGCGAGGUGAGCGCCACAAACCCAGAGUCGGCCAUGACUGGACCUAAUGGUCAGGGGUCCCUUUACCUUUACUGCUUGAUGUAGCUGGCUCAUUGCCGUUGGAAAUCAGAGGCUGGAUUAGAGCAGCACUGGGUUUCCUUUGGCAAGGCUCUUCCUUGGCCUCAACAGAGGAAUAUCUUGGAAUCAGAAUUUGUGCUGGGAAUGCAGCCUUGUUCCAUUUGCCUCUGGAGCCUGUUUGAUUAGAAAAGUAUUCUGUGUAGAGGGGGAGAAGCCCCCGCCUCCAUGUCUCCUCCUGCAAAUCCCGCCCUCUCCUGCAAAUUCUGCCUUCAUCUCUUUUCACAGCGAGAAACACUCAAAGGAGGAAGAAUAAAUGAGUAGUGGCUGUUUCUUCUGCAUUAAGGGGAGGCUUCCCCUCCCCGCCCCCCACCCCAUUUACACAGUUAAGGCGAUAAUGCUGUCCCUGCCUCUUACAUUUCAAGCAUAAUUUAUUCCUUGGUUCUCAGCCUUGGAUAUGCAGAAACAUUUUGCAGUUAAUGAACCGUAUUACCUCGGGGCUCCCAGUGCCGUGAUCAGGCUGGCUCUGCCUGGCUCCACUCCCUGAAACUGGUGUUGCUGUUUUCUCUGAAUAUAGUUUGAUCAGAAUAAAGCCUGGCAGAGCAGCCCAGACCACCAUACUGGCACUUCCUGCACUGCAGGGGGUUGGACUAGAUAACCCUUGGGGUUCCUUCCAAGUCCGUAAUUCUGUGGUUCCCACCUUUCUGGCGGGAUGAUUUAAUCCAACCUUUGCAAGCCCAGUGCCCCCCUCCAGCUGUUUCAGGCUACAGCUUCUGUCAGCUACAGCAUCUUACGGUCGUGGGGGUAGCACUCCACACCUCCGCUCUUUAAGCAGAGAGUUCUUGUCCCUUCAUUCUCAGAUAAAGCACUCAGAAUUUGCCUCCAUCAAUUUUAUCUGUUGCGGAUGCACAACAGCUUUUCUCCUUCUCUCGUAAGACUAGAGCUUGUAAGCUUCCCAUGAAUCUGAAUGUUGGGAGAUUCAGGACAGAGAAAGGAAAGCACUUCUUCAUUCAGGGCAUCAUUAAACUGCAGGUCUUGCUCCCAAGGGAGGCGAUGAUGGCUGCCAACAAGGAUAGCUUUAAGGAGGAUUGGACUAUGGCUUGAGGGUGGCACUGUGGGUUAAACCACAGAGCCUAGGACUUGCUGAUCAGAAGGUCGGCGGUUCAAAUCCCCGUGAUGGGGUGAGCUCCCAUUGCUCGGUCCCUGCUCCUGCCAACCUCGCAGUUCAAAAGCAUAUCAAAGUGCAAGUAGAUAAAUAGGUACCCCUCUGGCGGGAAGGUAAACGGCGUUUCUGUGCGCUGCUCUGGUUCGCCAGAAGCGGCUUAGUCAUGCUGGCCACAUGACCCGGAAGCUGUACGCCGGCUCCCUUGGCCAGUAAAGUGAGAUGAGCGCCGCAACCCCAGAGUCGGCCACGACUGGACCUAAUGGUCAGGGGUCCCUUUAUCUUUACUAGCCGUGAUGGCUGUGCUCUUCCUUCACAGUUUGAGGCAGCCAUGUUUCUGAAUACCAGUUGCUGGAAAACAGCUUUGGUUGGAGGUUUUUAAGCAGAGGUUGGAUGAGCAUCUUUGAGGCGGAACUCUAUAGCUGUGAUUCCAACAUUGCAGCAGGUUGGACCAGAUGUUUAUUAGGAUUAUGAUUGUGAUGAUGAUUAUAAAAUUUUAUUUAUACCUUGUCCUCCCCAGCCAAGACCGGACUCAGGGCAGCUAACACCAGGUAUAAAAACAAUUGAUUGAAAUACAACUUAAAAAGAUUAAAAUACAACAUUAAAAUGCAGCCUCAUUUCAGUAGGAACUCAAAUCAGAAACUUUUUGGGGGAUGAAAAUGUCAAGACUUCACCAAGGCCAGCUAUCCAGACUGAUCCUACAUGGGCCAAAAAAUGCCAGAGAAGUCCCCAAAUAGGAGUUCAAUCACAGAAGGAGAAAGGAAAAAGGAAGAGGGGGAGGAGAUCAAGCUGAUUCCAAGCCAAAGGCCAGGCGGAACAACUCUGUCUUACAGGCCCCGCGGAAAGAAAUCAGAUCCCGCAGGGCCCUGGUCUCAUGAGACAGAGCGCUCCACCAGGCCGGAGCCAGAGUUGAAAAGGCCCUGGCUCUGAUUGAGGCUAAUUAACUUCCUUAGGGCCCGGGACCCCUAGGGUGUUGCUAUUGAUGAUGAUAAUGAUGAUUAAUUAAAUUUGUAUGCCACCCUUCAUCACAGGCUGGUUCACAACAUAAUACAAAAAGAAAACACAGAAUACAUAGCAUGGCAGCUGCUGAGCCUUUGAACCCUUUUGUGCUUACCACACUGAUCUCAGCGUAACACUUUUAUGACAGAAAACACCCCCCCAAGCUUAGUUCUUCAUUCUUAAGUGAGAGCCAGGACAACAGUGACUUUCCUAUUGCCUGAGUGGCAUCACUCACUGUUCCCCUGUGUGACAAGCAUCCUUCAGGUGUGAAUUUAGCAACCUCUCCAGUUUUUCAUUACCUCCACUUUGCAAGCGGCUUUAAAGGCCCCAAGAAAUACCUUCAUCAGAGGCAGCUGUCGAGGCUGCCUGGAGAUUAGAGUAAGACCCUCUUCCAUUAAGUAUAAAUUAACUUAAUCACCAGGUAUGGGAGAUAAAGCAGCGUAAGCAUGCAUUCCCCAAAGCGUUUGUCAAAAUUAAAAUUCUAUUUUAAAAACUCGGUUUGUCUUUUAAACAACUUGGUGCUUUUCUCCCCUGCAACCUGAUCAAAUAAUAGAUUAUAUAUGGCUGCAUUUUAUUUUUAUUUUUGCAGAAUUGGAGUGGUGGGAAUCUGGAUGCAUCUGGAGCAAUAAAGUGCAGGGAGGGGGGGCACUCGUUUACUUUAUUUCGUAAAAUCUAUGCGCUGCUUGAUGUACACCAAAAAAGUAUACGGUGUGCAGUCAAUAGGCAGGGAGUGCAGGCGCUGCCACACUGAAAGAUUUGCGUUGUUACAAAUGUGGAACGGGUUUUAUGUGGCACCUGUAACAGUGCAAGUUCUGCCAAUCACAGUGGUCAAAUUCCUCUGCCUCAGACUCACCCUUGAAAGCUUGGAUGACCCCCAGGGUCCUGGUGCAGCUUACUGGGUUCCCUCCCCAGGUCCACCAUUGGGCAUCUCCUAGAACUCCCCCAGACCCUCAUCCUGAUCAGACCAGCCCCUUCAAACACUUUCUUGGGACUCAUAGCAAAUAGCACAGAGGCUCACUCUUUCCCACAUGUGACCUGCCUGCGGUCUGCAUAAACAUUCCCUGAUGUGCACAUAGAGGCUAUCAGCAACAAAUGUUUGCCUUCAGUGCAGUCUUCUCUGCAAGAGAAGCGAAAUGCUGUCUUAGCUGAAGGGGUGGGCAUCAAAACGGGGGUGUUUAAGGGGAAGAGGAUUGUGUGUCGGAAGUGAGAGCUGGACCAUAAAGAAGGCUGAUCGCUGAAGAAUUGAUGCUUUUGAAUUAUGGUGCUGGAGGAGACUCUUGAGAGUCCCAUGGACUGCAAGAAGAUCAAACCUCUCCAUUCUUAAGGAAAUCAGCCCUGAGUGCUCACUGGAAGGACAGAUCCUGAAGCUGAGGCUCCAAGACUUUGGCCGCCUCAUGAGAAGAGAAGACUCCCUGGAAAAGACCCUGAUGUUGGGAAAGAUGGAGGGCACAAGGAGAAGGGGACGACAGAGGACGAGAUGGUUGGACGGUGUUCUCGAAGCUACCAGCAUGAGUCAUGCUCUGGUCCAGGGGGUCAUGAAGAAGCGGACACGACUAAACGACUAAACAACAACAAAGGGAAGGAGGGAUUCAAAUUAGAUUCUGACUAUACAUCAGGGAGAAUUUUCUGUUUGACAGUGGAACAGACUCCCAUGAGAGGUGGUGCAUUCUCCUUCCUUGGAUGUGUUUAAGCAAAAGUUGGGAGGCCAUCUGACAGGGUUUAUUUAGCUGUGAUUUCUGCAUUGCUGGGGGUUGGACUAGAUGGCGCUUGGGUUUCCCAAAUUUACAACUCUAUGAUUCUCUUGGCGGAAGAAGUAACUUGCCCACAGUUCUUGGUGGAAGAGAAGCUCUGUGAUGUGUUCACAGAAUGGGAACAGACCAAGGUCUGGAAGGACAAAUGAAGAAAAAAUAUGAAUUUGUCUGGGUUAAUUAAAUGAUAUUUUAUAUAGCCCAGGAGUUCUGUGAAAGUCUAUUAAAAUUGUCCUUUGAGCUAGUUCCUGAUGUUAGCAGUUGCAUUAGGAUGCAAACAUGAUAUCUCUGCUAGCUUGCUAAAUGGCACUCUCUUUAUUCCUGAGUACUUGUGCUUCCUGGUAGAAAAGGCAGUCUCGUUUUUUAACCGGAUUUGUGAGGGAGCUAGAAAAAGGUGUACAUAUGUCAUGAAAGGUAGGGGUUAGGGUUGUUUUUAAGAGGCCAGCUACAAAUACUUUUUAAAGGCUUCAUAGCUGUUAAAACAUGUUGCAAAUGGAGCAAAACAGCACUCAGCUGGAGAGUGCCAUCUGCAAGAUGGCAGUGAGUUGUGUCUGGCCCACAAUGCAUGUCCAAGGGUGUGAACUGGUGCCCACAGUAGUCCAAAGUGUAGAAAAGAAUAAGUAACUUGAUGAAGGAAUGGAGCGAAUGCACAUCCAGUUUAUAGAUGACACUGAACUGGAAGGGGUAGCUAGUGCUGCAGAAGACAGAAUCGGGAUUCAAAAUGAAAGAUUAUAACAGAUUGGAGAACUGGGCCCAAACUAACAAAAUGAAUUUCAAUAGGGACAAAUGUAAGGUUCUCCCCUUAGGCAGGAAGAACCAGAUUCACUAAUAAUAAGAUGGGGACACCUGGCUUACUAGCAGUAUAUAAGAAAAGGAUCUAGGGGGCUUGGUGGAUCACAGACUUAACAGUGUGGUGGCAGCAGCAAAAAAAGCUAAUGCUAUUCUAGGCUGCACCAACAGAAGUAUAGUGUCCAGAUCAAUAGAAAAAAACAGCACUGCACUAUUCUGCCUUUGUCAGACCACACCUGGACUACUGUGUCUAAUUCUGGGCACCACAAUAUUGGAAGGAUGUUGACAAGCUGGAAGGUGUGCAGAGGAGGGUAACCAAGUUGAUCUGGGGUCUGGAAACCAAGCCAGGGAUCUGGCAUUGGUCUGUCUUGAGAGACAAUGGAGUGUGCCUCUGGGGGUGUUGUCAAACCAUUCCUUUAGCAGUACCAAAGUUACCUUCCCAGGGCACAAGCCUGGGCAGUUUGUGGAGGUCCUGGGCAGCCUAGGUGACAAAACCCCUCUUUACCGUCCUGAUGGGAGGAAAGCAGAGCCACACGCUUAGCAUCAGCUUGGCUGCAGGAGUUGCCGGAAGGAAGCAUACAAGGUGCUACCCAACCAUCUUAAGGACUCCACUCUGGAUUUGUGUAGGGUUUACUCUUGAGCCUUUUCUUCUGAAGAUAUCCCACAAGGCAGCAGAGGUUUAGGGUCAGAGUUUUCCUGCUCCCAGAUAGGCUGCCUUCCCAGAUGGACAAGUACCAUCUGUUUUGGACUACAGUUCCCAUUAUCCAUGGCCACUGGCCUGGGGAUGAUGGGAACCGUACUCCAAAACAAAUGGAGGCCACCAGGUUGCAGAAGCCUUCCCUAUAGGCUGACAGUGGGCAGGUAAGCCAAUCUACAGAGCCCGUGCAUGAAGGUGCUCCACAGGGUCAGUUGGCGCAAGCACCAUGCUUUGCAAAAAGCCUCACCUUCACGUAGUGCAUAGUUAAACUAUGGAACUCCCUCCUGCAGGAGGCAGUGAUGGCCACCAGCUUGGAUAGCUUUAAAAGAGGGUUGGACAAAUUUGUGGAGGAGGAUAAGGCUAUCAAUGGCUACAUUUGGAAGCAGCAAAGCCAAAUGAGUGGAGCUGUCUCUUGUGCUCAGGUUCUGCUUGCCAGUUUCUCAUGGGGGCAUCUGACUGGCCACUUUGAGAACAGGAUGCUGGCCCAGAGGGGCCCUUCGCCCAAUCCAGCAGGCUCCUCUUGUAUUAUUAACUUGGCUGCUGGCGUCUCCAGGCAGCACUGGGAAUUGUCCCAUGUCUGAAACUCUGGAGAGCUGCUGGUGGUCAGUGCAGAUAGUACUGACCAAUGAUCUGACUGUAUAAGACACCUAACCUAAAAAAGGUAAAGGUACCCCUGACCGUUAGGUCCAGUCGCGGACGACUCUCGGGUUGCGGUGCUCAUCUCACUUUACUGGCCAAGGAAGCCGGCAUUUGUCCGCAGACAGCUUCCGGGUCAUGUGGCCAGCAGGACUAAGCCGCUUCUGGCGAACCAGAGCAGCGCACGGAAACGCCGUUUACCUUCCCGCCGGAGUGGUACCUAUUUAUCUACUUGCACUUUGACGUGCUUUCAAACUGCUAGGUUGUCAGGAGCAGGGACCGAGCAACGGGAGCUCACCCUGUCGCAGGGAUUCGAACCACCGACCUUCUGAUCGGCAAAUCCUAGGCUCUGUGGUUUAACCCACGGCGCCACCCGAGUCCCUAGACACCUAAUCUUGGUUGCCAUUAAUCUGAGGGGAAGUGACAAUAGUCUGGUUUAAGAACCAUUUUCUCUGAUAUGAAAUAUCCUAAGUGUGCUCUGCAUAUAUGUGAGCCUGCCUGACAAUAGCAGCUUGAGCCUCUGUUUGGCUUUGAACUUGACGGUUGCCGUUUGGGCAUCUACCCGAGCACCCUCCCCCCCCCCCCCCCAUGAAAAUCUCAAAGCCUUUAAUUAGCAGUUGGAAAUGUAGCUGAGGGACCGAGAAAGGGGGUGGAGGAGGAAGUGCAUUAGCAUAAAGAUUAAGGCCACUGAGACUGAAGAGGAUAUUGUGCAGACAUGGAGUGGGGGGGGGGACAUUAAUAAAUUAGUAAUCAUGUAUAAAAGAUAAGCAGUCUUUGGGAUUUUCAUAAGCUUUGUUCAAAUUGAUAUUCCUCCCUCUCCCCACUCCAACCUUCCUUUCCCUUCCUCUAAAAGUCAUUAAUAUUUUCUCUGCUGGUGAUCCCUUCUGAAGGGAGAUCUGUCACAAGCUGCAAAAUUAGAGAAAUGAAUGUAUUGGGGUCAGACAUUAGUAUGUAAACGAAGUGCUGCUUUUUAUUCCAUGUGUCACUGCAAGCCCUUCCGUGUGGUUUGACCUUUUGCUCGCUUAAUCUGACUCCGCUGUGCCAGUCAGACAAUUUAAUUCUAUGGAGCAGACACACCCUCUCUCCCUGGCCCCCUCUCCCCACUUCCAGGCAGGUCUGCUCCAGAGGACGUGCCCUCAGUUGUUCUGCCAGAGCAAAGAGCCACCACUGAUUCUCAGCAGAAGCCCCCAGAGCACGAUAAGGACAUAAGAAGAGCCUCUCGGAUCAGGCCAGGGGCCCAUCAGCUCCAGCUGUCAUGGUCCGGUUCACGGGCGAUCAAAGUCCCGGCUGGGGAUGCCGGGACCGGGGGCAAGAUGGCAGAGUGUGAGCAGGAACGGGAGUCCAGGAGUCAGGAAGUCAAGGGUCCGAGGGUCAGGAAGCAAGGAGUCGCGAAGUCAGGGGUCCGAGGAUCAAGGAGUCAUGAAGUCAGGGGUCUGAGGAUCAAGAAGCAAGGAGUCACAAAGUCAGGGGUCCAAGGAUCAAGAAGCAAGGAGUCAUGAAGUCAGGGGCCUGAGGAUCAAGAAGCAAGGAGUCACAAAGUCAGGGGUCCGAGGAUCAAGAAGCAAGGAGUCACAAAGUCAGGGGUCCGAGGAUCAAGAAGCAAGGAGUCAAACGCAGCAAGGCAAGGAACGUGUUGCUGUGGCAAAGAGCCAAAGGGAAAUGCUGACCUUAUAUCCCUUCCCAGCUCUUGCCACCAGGUGCUGUGAGUUACCAAUCAGCCUCACCUGUGUGGCCGCGCCUUGGCUCUCCAGAACAAACUUAGGAAGGCCCCAGACCUGCAAAGUCCUAUUGGUCACAGGGCCUGGCUCCUGCACACACGCCUGACACCAGCAUCCUGUUCCCACAGUGGCCAACCACAGAUGCACCAGUGGAAAACCCACAAGCAGGAGCAGAGCACAAGAGCGCUCUCCUCCUGUGGUUUCCAGCAACUGGUAUUCAGAAGCAUUGUAGCUAGUAGCCUUUGAUAGCCCUCUCCUCCUCCAUGAAUUAGCCUAAUCCUCUUUCAAAGCCAUCCAAGUUGGUGGACAUCUCUGCCUGCUGUGAGAGGAAGUUCCACAGUUUAACCACAUGCUGCAUGAAAAAGGAUUUUCUUUUUGCCUGCCCUGUGUCUUCCAACAUUCGACUUCAUUGGAUGACCACAAGUUCUAGCACUGUGAGAGAGGAGAAAAUCCUUCUCCUCUCUACCUUCUCCAUGCCAUGCAUUUUUUAAAAAUAAACUUCUGUCAUGUUGCCUCUUGCUUGCCUUCUCUCUCAGCUAAGAAGCCCUGGUGGGGCUCCAUCCCCUUAAUCAUAUUGGUCUUCCAGCUCUACAGCAUCCUUUUGUGAGAUGAGUGUACAGAGUAUUCCAAAUGCAGCUACACCAUAGACUGGUAUAUUGGCAGUUUUAUUUUCAGUUCCUUUCCUAAUGGUUCCCAGCAUGGAAUUUGCAUUGAACUGCAUUUGCUAGUUUACUGCCUGCUCACUCAGUUUGGAGAGAGGUUUUCGGCUGGAACUCCCAAAAGCAGCAUAUGGUAAAAAAUGAGUGUUCAGCAGACACAGCAAAAUAGUAUCAGGAAACAAUAAUAAUAGACCCCAAGUAUCACCCAUUCCAACGCCCUGAAAUGCACUAUUUACAGCUGAAAAUUUCCCAGCAGAUGCCCGUCCAGCCUCUGCUUAAAAACCUCCAAGGAAGGAAAGCCCUCCACCUUCUGCGAUUGUCCAUUCGGCUGCCUAACAGCCCUUGCCCUCAUAAAGUUCUUCCUAAAGACUCUGUCCUCUUUCUAUGGGUUGUCUCCUCAGUGUGGAUGUUUAACUGAACUCAGAACCAGGUCUCCUUCAGUCAAAUCCUAUCCUACUCCCUAUCUCUCAACCUGAAGCCUGUAUAACAUCUCAAAUGAAGCCCGUUCUCUUAACCUGAACCUUUUGUUGUUGUUGUUCAGUCGUUUAGUCGUGUCCAACUCUUUUUGACCCCAUGGACCAGAGCAUGCCAGGCACUCCUGUCUUCCACUGCCUCCCACAGUUUGGUCAAACUCAUACUGGUAGCUUCAAGAACACUGUCCCACCAUCUCGUCCUCUGUCGUCCCCUUCUCCUUGUGCCCUCCAUCUUUCCCAACAUCAGGGUCUUUCCCAGGGAGUCUUCUCUACUCCUGAGGUGGCCAAAGUCUUGGAGCCUCAGCUUCAGGAUCUGUAUUUCCAGUUGCACUCAGGGCUGAUUUCCUUAAGAAUGAAUAGGUUUGAUCUUCUUGCAGUCCAUGGGACUCUCAAGAGUCUCCUCCAGCACCAGAAUUCAAAAGCAUCAAUUCUUCGGCGAUCAGCCUUCUUUAUGGUCCAGUUCUCACCCGAACCUUAGCCCUAUCUAACUCUCUCCCUCAGAACCGGCUCCUUUUAUUCUCCCUCCCAAAGUGCUUCUCCUCACCCUUCUGUGGUUGGCUGACUUUGUAGCCAAUCAAAGAGAGGUUCUAGCCCUCUGGUGGAAUUUUAAGGGGAGUUUCUAGCUCAUGGAUAGGCAACCUAAGACCUGGGGGCCGGAUCCGGCGCAAUCACCUUCUAAAUCCGGCCUGCGGACAGUCCGGGAAUCAGCGUGUUUUUACAUGAGUAGAAUGUGUGGUUUUAUUUAAAAUGCAUCUCUGGGUUAUUUGUGGGGCAUAGGAAUUUGUUCAUUUCCCACCAAAAAAUAUAGUCCAGCCCCCCACAAGGUCGGAGGGACAGUGGACCGGCCCCCUGCUGAAAAAGUUUGCUGACUCCUGCAGUCUAGCUCUGCUGUCUAUCACACCCAGCCUUGCAUGAAAUGGCGCCCAGAUGUGUUCACCCCUUGUUCUCCUUGGCUGUUCCAGUCUCAACUGCAUAAAUACUAAAUAAUUCCACUAUGGGGGAAAAAUUAAAUAAAAACAGCACCACGGUAUAUGAUGCCUCCAACAGAAACAGAAAAUGUACAAAGCAAAAAAAUAAAUAAAAAUGUUUUGAUGAGAGUCAUAAUAGGCUGACUGAAGUCUCUUGCAAAACUUUAGAACAUGCUGGAGGAUUCAAAGGGAAUAUCACUGCCUUGUUAAUUCUAUUCAGUGUGCAGUUCUAUAGGUGCACAUAUUUUCAAGCCAUGUGUUGCUGUACCUCUAUCCUACUACCCCUCUCUUCCCUGUCCAAUAUCAGUUUGCUGGCACCUGAGGGCAGGGGGCUGUCAAUAUAUUUUUGAGGGGGGUCUUUCUUUCAUGUACUUCAGUGCCUCAGGUGCUUUAUGGUUUAAAAUAAAGCAAUAUUUGCCAAUAUAUAUAUUGCUUUAUUUUAAACCAUAAAGCGCCUGAGGCACCAUAAAUGACAGAUGGACCACGAGAAAAGGACAACAGUGACUUUGAAAAAAUUGGGAGCCAUUUAUAUUUAUAUCUGCAGAAACAAAGAAAGUCUAUAGACUUGAUGGCAGGAUUUAAAUAAACAUUCACAUCAUUAGUAUUAGAAAAUGUGUAGAAGAUAGAGAAAUAAUAUGGUGUACUUAUUUUUGUUUUUAUGUUUUUAGGUUAGAUGUUAUUGUACAGGUGUGUUAUUAGUAUCUUUUCUUUUAGGAGGUAGCAAGGUGGGUGAAAGGAGAAACGAAGUUGGGGGAAGCCUAGGAGGGGAGGGAAGAAAGAAUGAAUAGAAAAUGUUAUGGAUAUGGGAUGUAUGUAAUGAAUGAAAAAGAAAACUGAAUAAAAAUUUAUUUAAAAAAAUAAAAUAAAGCAAUAUAAUAUAAUUGUAGGUAACAUAAUCAUUAUGUAGGGUAAGGCCAACAAUGGCUGGUCCCAGGGAAGCUGGUGGAAGGGGCCUUGCUGUCUCCGCAAUCUCCCUGAAGCCUAUCACUCUGAUAGAAUUGUGGAGUUGGAAGGGGACCAUGAGGGUCAUCUAGUCCAACCCCCUGCUAUGUAGGAAUAUUUUGCCCAGUGUGGGGCUCGAACCCACGACUCUGAGAUUAAGAAUCUCAUACUCUGCUGACUGAGCUAUCACAGCUUAAAUGUUUUACUGCUGAAGAGCUAAGCCUCCAAAUUUCACUUUUAAGUAAACUCCACAGUACUGUAAAAGCUCUGUGGACAUUGAUAGCACUGGUUAAACGACAAUGUCUGGGUCAAAAGGAAAUUAGGAGGUUGGUUUUUUCUGUCUAUCUUCUGUCUCAGAGCCACACUGAACAGGUUUGUUUUUUUAAUGAGAGUUAUGUUGGUACCUGGGAUUCCUUGGGAAGAAUGUCACCAACAUGACUCAGUGGCUCCCUAAAUGCCACAAGAUCAAGGAGGAAAUGUAACAGGACUUUUCAGGUGGGAUCUAUUUUACCUAACAGUUGAGGAAAGGGGGGGGGGGGAAUCCACAUGUGUAGUUCUUAAGCAGAGAAUUUAAACAUACCCCCCACUUUAAGAAUUGUUAACAUCCCAGUUAAAAUCUGGCUUUAUGGAUUUGCAUGGGCGUCCAGGCCUGACCUCCUUGGUUAUGCAGGCUUCGCGUAAUGAGCUGCGUCCAGAAAGCACCUGAAGUGAUGCAGCGAGUGGCCCUGCGCUUGCCAAAGCGGAUUGGCUCAGGCUCCCUCCCUGGUUCAGCCUCAGCACCUGACUAGUCAGGCAGCUGUGAGAUGGAAGAAAAAAAAUUCCCCCCCAAAAGUGAAAUACAAGUGCCCUCCCUGCUCAUGACAAACACACGAGGCAUUUGGGAGGAAGGAAGAAGUGAACAUUGUGGUUCCAUCUUGGUCGCUUCGAGGCUGGGCUGCUGCAGUGCGCUCCAUGUGGGACUUCCCUUUAUCCGGGGGCUUCAGUUAGGGCAGAAUGCUGCAGGAGCGAGGCCUUGUCAGCAUUUAACACCUGUGCCUAGAGAUCUGCACUGGCUGCCCAUUUGCUACCGGGCCAGGUUUAAGCUGUUGCCAUUAUUAUUAAUAUUAUCACAGCUACGACAGUUUAUUACCCAUCCUUCACCCAAGGCGAGUGACAACAAUUAAUUAACAGCUUUCAACUACUUAAAAUCACAGAAAUAUUAGUAUAUAAAGACCUUAACAACUUGGGACCAGUUUACUUACGAGAUCGCCUUACCUCACAGGCACCCGCUUGACCGCUGCCAUCAGCAGGAAUGGCACUAUUACAGGUGCCACAGAAUACUCGCUCUGCGUUUGUAAGAAAUCCACAUUUUAUUAUGUUGGUGCCAUCGUCCUUUGGAACUCCCUGCCUAUUGAUAUCAAGCAGGCGCCUUCACUGUACUCUUUCUGGAACCUCCUGAAAGUGCUUUUGUUUAGGCAAGCCUAUUCAGACAUGUAGGGUGUUUAUGUGUGUUUUAAUAUGUUUUCAGCUUAUCGUUGAUUUUAAUUAUUUUACAUUUUAAAUAGCUAUUUUUACUGUUUUUAUUUAUAUUUUUAUUGUUUUCUUCUUUUUUUGUAAACUGCCUUGAGGGUUUUAUUUUGGGUGGCGUGUUGCAAUCCAGUGGUAUAUAAUUUUUAGGGAAAAGCUAAAUAAAAUCGCUACCUGCCUUGGGGUUGGUGCUGCAAGGUGAAGACCUCCCCCCUACCCUAGUCUGCUUACAUGACAUGUGGCAUGUUGACCGCUUCCUUCCCUUUUGUACAUAUUCAGUGAGGUUCCCCAUUCUAUAAAGCAGCAGUACCCAGCUGUGGUUCUCUCCAGAUGUUUGUUGCACUCUUAACUUCCAUCCCCCCUAGCCAGUGUGGCCAAUUGGUCAAGGAUGGCAGACACUGUGAUGCAGCUAAUUCUGGAGAGUAUUGUAUUAGUUUCCAUAAAGCAUUAUCAAAAUAUUUAUAAACACUGGCCAGGCUUGUACCCCAGAGACAUCACUUCAGUGUUGCUAAUGCAGCGAUUUGACAUCACCUCUGGAGGCACAUUCCAUUGUCGCUUGAGACAGGCAGAUGCCAACAACAAAAGUAUAAUGGUAGUUGUGUUGUGCAUAUUUAUUUUCCCCAACAUCAAUUGUUUGGAAACCCUUUAGGUAUCAAGCAGCUAAUAAAUUUAAUAAACAAAUGACUAAAUAAAAACAUGGAAAGCAGAUGAGCUACAACCUUCCCGGUGCUCCAUUGGGUCAUUUGUGCAUGCCUACACUGGCGUAAGCCAAACAGCAGGAAUCUUGACCACAAACAUGCCACAGAUAGCUGGAAGGCCUGAUAGAUGCUCACAGGUGUGUUUUUAUUUUCAAGGGCCUUAGCAAUGGCUGAAGCGAAGGUUUCCUGCCGCCGCCACCCUUUUUCUAUUGCACAAAAUGCUUUCUGCUAAAGCCUGAGCAAAUGUUUGCACCCAGUUUCUCUGCUAAGCCCUUGAAAAUGAGUUUUUAUGGUACUGAACGCCGGCAAGGGUGUUAAUGGAUGGAUAUGGUCGCUUCUCGAAUGGGAUCAUGGCAGUGGCAGCCGCGAGAUGGGAAGCAAUGAAGAUGCAUUGAUGCAAUCUUUGUCUUUGUGUUUGCCCUGCAGGGCUGAGGCUUCAGAGGCUGAAUGGGAGAGGGAGAAUGAUUUGCUCGAGGAAGGGUCCGUGGAAAACCCAGAGCUGGGUGACAGCAAGACCUCAGAAGCUAAGUUCCCUUCCAUUUGCCUGAGGGAGGUGUAUCCGAAGUACGCAAAGGAAUUUGACUAUCUGCGGCUGGUCGACCGGAUUGCAGCUUUGUUCAUCCGUUUCCUGGGCGUGAAGGGGACGACAAAAUUGGGACCCACGGGCUUCCGGAUGUUUAUAAGGUGAGGGGGGUCUUCUGGAAUAAUUUCCCAAAGGUAACUCACUGUUUGAAAUGCCUGGAUGUGGUUCCCCUUAAGAUCAGAGAUAAUUGUAGAGUUGGAAGGUACCCUCAGGGGUAAUCUAGUCCAGCCCCCUGCAAUGCAGGAAUCUCACCUGAAGAAUCCUUGAAGGAUGGCUGCCAAGACUCUGUUCAAAAGCCUCCAAGGGAGGAGAGCCCACCCCAUUCCAAGGGGGUCCGUUCCACAGUCAAACAGCUCCUUCUGUCAGGAGGUCCUUCCUGAUGUUUAGCUGGAAUCUUGCAGUUUGAAUCCAUCAUAAAUAACAUGGUCCACUAAGAACAGAGGGAAUGGCUGGCCAGCCACCAAGACCUCCACCCUGUUCCCACUGGCCCAACCCAAUCGUGGUCAGUUAAAUGAAAGCACUUCUUUACGCAGCACAUGGAACUCACUACUGCAGGAGCAAUGGCUGCUGACCUAGAUGACUUUAAAAUAGGGUUACCAGACCUCCCCGGUUUCCGGGGACAGUCCCCAGAUUUGAAAAUCUAUCCCCAGACGAAUUCCGUCCCUGGAAUGUCCCCGGAUUUGCAAUUCUGUUCCUGGGAAACAUGGCAGCGGCAGCCUCAGCAUCCCGGAGCCAGCCUGGUAGCGCAUUUGGCUCCGGCUGGCUUCACGAGCUGCUCGCUGCCAUGGCGCCCGCCAUUUUCCCUUUCCGGAAGUCCUCAUAUGAUGUGCUUGUCAGCCACUGCUAAAGGGGAACCGGGGAUGUCCAGCGGUACAGAUCUCCUGCCCCCUUCCCCCUUUGUUUUGACUGAGGCUCGGGAGUUGCGGGCGGCCGUUGCUCAGUUUUUUAAAAACUCUGUGCAUUUAUGUUUCACAGCAUGCGAAAGAAGGGCUUUGCACGUUUAUACAAUCUGCAUGUGUGCUUGGGCCCAGGGUCUUUGGCCUCACCAUCCCCACUACUGACUCCCAGUUGCUACUCAGCUUAAAGGGAAAAAAAGAAAAAAAAAGUGUCCCCAGAUUCAUUGAAAAAUAUCUGAUAACCAUACUUUAAAAGAGUUGAGCAGUUUAAUAGAGGAGGAUAAUGCUAUGACUGGCUACCAGCCACAGUGGUUCUGCUCUGCAGGGUCAUUCUUGUAGGUUUCUCAUAAAGGGCCUCUGCUUUGUCACUGUGAGAACAGGAUUCUGGAUUCGAUGGGCCCUGGGCUGACUCAACAGGCCCUUCAUAGGUUCUUACGUUCUUACGUCAGUGUGUCACAGAUCAAUAAAGCAUUAAUCGCCCUCUCCAGAUUGACACUCGCCUGCCCCCAACUUGCUUUCGGAUCUAAUUUAAAAACUUGUACCAUCAAUAAAGAGUUGUUUAUUUAAAUCAAAUCAGCUCUUUAUUGCGAUGGUUGGGGACCAGUACUGCCGUGCAUGUAUAUCAUCUUUCCCUGUUGGGGACAUCAGGAAUUGAUUUGAGCUGAUCUCCCUUAGCUAAAACUACCUUCCUCUUUGGCUACGUAGGCUAGAUGGAGCCUCCACUUUCAAGGGCAGUCUGCCUCAAAUGCCAGCCACUGUAUGUAAGGUUACCAGAUUUCCCCCCCCCCCCUUCUUUGGAGGUCUUUAAGCAGAGGCUUGACAACCAUAUGUCAGGAGUGCUCUGAAGGUGUUUCCUGCUUGGCAGGGGGUUGGACUCGAUGGCCCUUGUGGUCUCUUCCAACUCUAUGAUUCUAUGAUUCUAUGAUUCUAUAAUGAAUCCGGGGACAAUUUUCAACUUCAAUGGAUUUUGUAUGGGGACUGAUUUGUAAAUCCGGGGGCUAUCCCCGGGAAAUGGAGACAUCUGGUAACCUUAUGUGGGGCUGAGGCAGAGAGAGUAUCAGUAUACGAUAUACUCAGCUGGGCCUGAGGUGAGAUUUGAACCUGGGGCGUCUGUCUUUUUUUAAAAAAGAAAAAAAACGCCAAGUGGGAAAUAAGAAAUAAAGGUGAGGGAGACCAGUACCAAAAGCCCCCCCUAUUAUUGUUAUUAUUUAUUUAAAUUCAUAUACCAUCCUUCAUCCAUAGAUCUCAGGGCGGUUCACAACAUGCAAAUACAAUAUUAAAAACACAAAAUACAUAAUAAAAACAAGAACAGAACAAACCAAUACACACCCCCAAUUAGCUUCUAAAAUAAAAAAAACAUUCUCAAGAAUAAUGGGCAUAAUCAGGGUUUUUGUUAGUGGGGAGGACUUUGGGGUGGGGCAGAAUGACGUGAUUGGUUCAGUUAGUUAAGUAUUUCUAUUGUUUUACUUGAUUUUAGAAUGCCGUGUUACUUUUAUUGUUGCUAGCCGCUCUGAGCCUGGCUUCGGCUGGGGAGGGCGGGAUAUAAAUAAAUAAAUUAUUAUUAUUAUUAUCUGGGGAGGGGCACUGUCCCCUCUGGCUACACCCAUGACAAGAGCAUAAAGGUAAAAAAAAGGUUGCCAAAGGAGGCAAAACCCAUAGCGCUUCUGUCUUUUGCCUCGAGAGCUGCUUUAGUUCAUGGUGCCAUUGGGAGUUUGCUCUGCGCCCCUACCCCCCCCAGGCUGAUUCCCUCACAGUUCUCUUUUCCUGCCACCAGGAACAGCAAGAUAAGCAACAGUGACUUCAGCAUGGCUUCCGCAGACAUCCUGUACAUUGACAUCACCAGGAAGCGGUAUGGCAUCACUGCUGAUCAGCGAGAUGCAGGUAAGCCGUCUUGCAUAAUUCUGGGUGCAGUUCUUUUGGGGGGUAGGGGGUAGGGCAGGGUAGUGCAUGUGGAUAUGCCAUAUUUUUUGCUCUACAAGACACACUUUUCCCCUCCUAAAAAGUAAGGGGAAAUGUGUGUGCGUCUUAUGGAGCGAAUGCAGGCUGUUCAGCUAUCCCUGAAGCCAGAACAGCAAGAGGGAUCGGCGUGCACUGAUCCCUCUCACUCUCCUGGCUUCAGGGAUAGCCGCACAAAGCCUCUUCAGGGCAACAGGAGGAACGUUAUCCCAGAAGCCAGAACAGCAAGAGGAAUCGCUGCUUUCGCUGCGCAGCAAUCCCUCUUGCUGUUCUGACUUCACUUCGCUGGAGAGGCACAGCGCAGCUUCCCCUCUCUGCGCAGCGCCCCUUCAGCAAAGCGGGAGCAGAAAUGGAGCCCCUUCUGUUGCUCCUCCCGCUUUGCUGGAAAGGAGCUGCGCAGAGAGGGAGAGAAUAUUUUUUUUCUUGUUCUCCUCCUCUAAAACUAAGUGCGUCUUAUGGACGGGUGCAUCUUAUAGAGCGAAAAAUACGGUAUGUAUUUACGUGGAGCAUUUGUACCUUGCUCCUCUUCAGCCAAACAGCUUCCCAAGAGCAGUUUGCAUGCAAUCCAAAGCAAGGCAGCCUCUGCCCUUGGCAGGCUUACAGUCUAAAAAUAAGCAUAGCAUACAAGGGGAAAGGGGCAGGGAGGGAAGAGGAAAAUUGAUUCCACACACAUCCCCAGUGGUCCUUGCUUUCAUGGGGGGAGGGAUGAAUAAUUAAUACCUAAGACAUAAGGGCUAUUAAGAAUGUUGCAGUGAGGCUCUCUGAAGUCCAAACCUGGAAAGGUUUACAAGUUACAGGGCUAGAUUUACGGUUAAUGAAUGCAGGGGAGAACAGAACUUGCAGAGUAAAUAACUCACAAUGUAGCAGGACUGAAGGGAAAAUAGGAAACCAGUUGGUGGGCAUUUAUUAUAUAGUAGGGAGUGCCUGGCACUGCCUGGGAAUUUGUAGAAACCCAAAAAUUAUUGUGAUUGAUAGUGUAAUUUGUGAGUUUGGGCCAGCCAUGCCCAAAAUCAGGCAAAGUCACAUGAAAGCCAUGUUUUGCUCCACCAUCUUGAUUCAAGUUGGUGACCAGCACCCAAAUGUCAAUGAGGGUUGCCAACACUGCCUCAAGCACUCUUGUGCCAUGUUUAGUGAUGGUGUCUCAAGAGAUGGUCAAAACUAUGCCCAGAGAUGGGUGAAGGCAUUCCAAAUUCAUGUGUUUUGUCUGCCACCUUGAUUCAGAAUGGCUGUUGUUGUUUAGUCAUGUCUGACUCUUCAUGAGUCCCUGGACCAGAGCACGCCAGGCACUCCUGUCUUCCACUGCCUCCCACAGUUUGGUCAAACUCAUGCUGGUAGCUUCGAGAACACUAUCCAACCAUCUUGUCCUCUGUCAUCCCCUUCUCCUUGUGCCCUCCAUCUUUCCCAGCAUCAGGGUCUUUUCCAGGGAGUCUUCUCUUCUCAUGAGGUGGCCAAAGUCUUGGAGUCUCAGCUUCAGGAUCUGUCCUUCCAGUGAGCACUCAGGGCUCACUGGAAUGGUACCCAGCAUCCAAAUAUUUCUGAAGGCUAUUGCCCCUACCUUGGGAAUCCUCAUGCUCAGCUUGGUGAUGACAUCUCAAGAGGAGUCCGUACCCAUAGAGAACAGAUGGACGGACGAAUGGACAAACGAGGGGCAGACAAAGCAUUUUCCAAAACAGGCAGGGUUGGGAGUCCUUAGACCUGAAGUCCUGGGGAACUGCUGCCAGCCAGUAUAGACAAGACUGAGCUAAAUAGGUUUGGGGUCUGAUUCAGUAGAAGGCCUUUCUCCUUUGGUCUGAUGCAACAGGGCUCUUUGUAGAAGCUCUCAAGGGCUUGUACUAGCAAAGAAGAAGAAAAUUUCCUCAUGACUCUUGCAGAGAACACUUUUUUUAUUGGGUUAAAAACUCAUUGAAGCAAUGCAAGAGGCCUCCCUGUCAAGGUAUUGUAGACCCAAAGUCAGUAAGAGGGAAUCCUAGAAUUGUAGAGGUGGAAGGAAUCCUGAGGGUCAUCUAGUCCAACCCCUGCAAUUUUAUUUUGGGUGCUGAAAUGGAGGCCUCCUGAGGGUUAGUGUCCAUAUUAGGUUUCACUUUAGGGACUCAGGCUCCUCACCAUCAACUUCCCACCCCUCCAAAUCUCUUCCCCCAAAGCUGAAAUUUGGCUGAGGCAGGAUCCGUAUCCUGAUGGCAGUAGUGAAAUUGCUGCUGCAAAAAGUUUAGAGCAGGGGUCAGCAACCUUUUUCAGCCGUGGGCCGGUCCACCAUCCCUCAGACCUUAUGGGGGGGCCAGACUAUAUUUUGGGGGGAAAAACAACAUGAACGAAUUCCUAUGCCCCACAAAUAACCCAGAGGUGCAUUUUAAAUAAAAGCACACAUUGUCAAAACACGCUGAUUCCCGGACUGUCCGUGGGCCGGAUUGAGAAGGCGAUUGGGCUGGAUCCUGGCCCCGGGCCUUGGGUUGCCUACCCCUGGCUUAGAGGAAAUGCCCAACUUCUGAAUUUCUUUAGUAACUAGUGGAAUUGAUGGGCAACCAGAGCAAGAGGAAGCUUUAUUUCCCCCCUACAUUUAUUGCUUCAAGCAAGCAUUGCCAUCUGGCCUAUUGUUAAUUCGGUGAGAGGUUUUAUUUUCCUUUCCCCUUUUUCCAUCCUAAAUUUUUCUGUGGAUAAGCAGAAUCUGUUGUUUGUGGAGUAUCGCUAGCACAGAUUUUUGUUUGUGCAGUAUGUUUAUUGGCAUCAUAUGUCGUCUUCUUCUCUUUUUUCUGCUGACUGGGACGGGUGACGAGAAAAAUAUUUAUUUUGUGCUGCAUUCAAGGUAGCAAGAGUUCCUCUCUUUCUUCCCACCCCUCCUCCUCCUCCUCUGAAAUCCGAAUGUUUACUCUUGAGCCACACAAUACAUCUGGUCCACAAAUUGUCCUGGCUACAAGCCACUUCCAAAGCAAUUUGGGGUGGGUGAAAGGGUAGAGAUGAAAAUAAUAAUAAUAAUAAUAAUAAUAAUAAUAAUAAUAAUAGUGCUCUGGCACAUUUCCUUCUACCAGUUGAAGUACUUUCAUUGUACUGUGCGCCAUUAAAACUAUGGGGCUGGCUCCCAAGGGAGGCAGUGGUGGCCACCAACAUGGAUGGAUUAAAAGAGGAUUGGACAAAUUCAGUGGUAAUAGUGCCACUGUAUUCUGCUCUGGUCAGACCUCACCUGGAGUACUGUGUCCAGUUCUGGGCACCACAGUUCAAGAAGGACACUGACAAACUGGAACGUGUCCAGAGGAGGGCAACCAAAAUGGUCAAAGGCCUGGAAACGAUGCCUUAUGAGGAACGGCUAAGGGAGCUGGGCAUGUUUAGCCUGGAGAAGAGGAGGUUAAGGGGUGAUAUGAUAGCCAUGUUCAAAUAUAUAAAAGGAUGUCACAUAGAGGAGGGAGAAAGGUUGUUUUCUGCUGCUCCAGAGAAGCGGACACGGAGCAAUGGAUCCAAACUACAAGAAAGAAGAUUCCACCUAAACAUUAGGAAGAACUUCCUGACAGUAAGAGCUGUUCGACAGUGGAAUUUGCUGCCAAGGAGUGUGGUGGAGUCUCCUUCUUUGGAGGUCUUUAAGCAGAGGCUUGACAACCAUAUGUCAGGAGUGCUCUGAUGGUGUUUCCUGCUUGGCAGGGGGUUGGACUCGAUGGCCCUUGUGGUCUCUUCCAACUCUUCUAUGAUUAUAUGAUUCUAUUCUAUGAAAUUCACAGAGGAGGAGAGGGCUAGCGAUGGCUCCUAGCCAUGUUGGCUGUGCUCUGCCUUCCCGCUUGGAGGCAGUAAAUGCUUCUGAAUACCAGUUGCUGGAAAGCACACAAGGGGCGAGGACCCUGGAGGAUCCUGCUUGCGGAUUUUCCACAGGCAUCUGGUUGGCUGCUGAUAGGGCCGGUGGCCUGAAGUAUCAGGCUCUUGCUAUGUUCUUCUCUGGCAAUGCAGGUGGAGUUGCCAGGCAUGAGGCAAGGGAAGUGGGGGCCACAGGUAGGUUGUCAUUUGCAGCCCAAGUGCUUGCUGUACAUCGGGGAGGGCUGUGUGGAGAGAGUCUCUUCCUCUAAAUUCCUAGGAGUUUAUCUCAGUGAAGACCUUACUUGGAAAAUCAAUACAACCCAGGUGGUUAAGAAAGCCCAGCAGAGACUCCAUCUCCUCAGAGUAUUGCGGAAGAAGGAUGUCAAUCAACAUUUGAUGAUCUCCUUCUACCGGUCCACAAUAGAAAGUGUCCUUUCAUACUGCAUCACGGUGUGGUACGCUGGUUUGACAUCAACUGAUAGGAAGUACCUACACAGGGUGGUGGAUACAGCACAAGAGAUUAUGGGCUGUCCCGUGAAUCCGCUGGAUGAAACAGCGGAAGAACGUUGUCUCAGGAGAGUGAGGAAAAUUCUCAGGGAUGAUUCACACCCUGGCCGGCACUUCCUUGAUCUCCUGCCCUCAGGCAGAAGAUACAGAAGCAUGAUUAGUCGCGCCAACAGGGUAAAGAACAGCUUCUAUCCGUGGGCUGUUAGGCUACUGAAUGAAAAGAUUACAACAGGGCAACUGACUUUUGGGUUGGUGGGUGUGCGUCAGUAAACGAGGGGAAUUAAGACUAAGAGAGCUGAGUGGGGGAUGCUCGUGUAAUCUCACUGUAUACAAGUUGUACAAGUGACAAUAAAUUAUUUCCAUUUCAAUUAUAUCCUUGCUCCGUAGGAAGACAAGCCUUGAAUAGCGUCACACUGAGGGCCCAUAAAAGGGGGACACGCACGAAGAGCCAAAAUGAAAAACCCACAUUUGUAAAAUUUAUUUUGCAAGGGGCUUCUCUCUCCCUCCACUCCCCCUUUCUUUUCUGUUCCCCGUCAGGUUUUUAAUAUGUGCUCCACUUACCCAAUGAACGUUAACAACGGGAAGCCUUUAAAUGCUCCAUUUUGUGUCUCUUGUGCCGAUUUAAUUGCCAGGUUUUAUUAAAAAAUGUAAUGGAUGGGCUUUAUUUUAACAUCCAUGAAUAAGUUUUCAGUCCAAGGAGCUGGGAAUGGAAAUUAAGAGUGAGUUGGGAUGGGGGGGGGUUAGGUGAAUACCCCUCUUUCCCCAUUCCCACCUCCAUGCUCUCCCAAGAAGCAGAAAUAGGGGGGUGCUUUUAAUCCACAGACGCUGUGUGUGUGUGUGUGUGUGUGUGUGAGUGUGUGUGCUGAGAGUGCUAAGCUGGCAGUGGGGGAGCAUUCAGUUACAGUGGUGCCCCGCAAGACGAAUGCCUCGCAAGACGGAAAACCCGCUAGACGAAAGGGUUUUCCGUUUUGGAGGUGCUUCGCAAAACGAAUUUCCUAUGUGCUUGCUUCGCAAGACGAAAAUCUCUUGCGAGUUCCUGCGGGGGUUUUUUCCUCCCCCCCCCUUUUUCCCAAGCCGCUAAGCCGCUUAACAGCUGAUCCGCUAAGCCGCUUAACAGCUGAUCGCUAAGCCGCUUAACAGCUGAUGCUAAGCCGCUUAUCAGCUGAUCGUUAAGCCGCUUAUCAGCUUAUCGUUAAGCCGCUUAUCAGCUUAUCGUUAAGCCGCUUAUCAGCUGAUCCACUAAGCCCGCUAAGCCGCUAAUACUGUAGCACUAAUCCGCUAAACCGCUAAUGGGCUUGCUUCGCAAGACGAAAAAACCCGCAAGACGAAGAGACUCACAGAACGGAUUCUUUUCGUCUUGCGAGGCACCACCGUAUUCUGCAAAAAUAACUUGGAAUAUAAGAGCCCUCCUGGAUCAGGCCAUUUAGUGCAGUAUCCUGUUCGCACGGUGGCCAAACCCAGCAAACAGGUCCCCAGCACAAGAACUGUCUCUCCCCUCCUAUAGUUUCCAGCAGCUGAUUUUCAGUAGUGCUGUCCUAUUUUUAUUAAUAUCCCAUAUAUAGAUAUUCUAUCAUAGGUUAAUUGAUUUUUAAAUAAUUUUUCCUAUGUUUUUAGCUGUUGUUAUUUUUAUCUGUAAACCCCCUUGAAUCCUAGUCUGGGGAAAAGGUGAAAUAUAAAUAAAUACAGUGGUACCUCUGGAUGCGAACGGGAUCCGUCCCCGCAGUUGAACGCUUGGACAUGUAUUAAGGUAAUUUCUCCAUAGCGGCUGCUGCUUGACUGAGGUGCUGCAAUAAAACCACCAAAAAGCGAUAUAAACCAAGACAGUGCAGAACGAAAGCCUCGGGAGAUUUCUGACGCUUUCUUUUCCCUUUUCCUUCUAGGGAUGGACUUGCACGCUUUUGUGGAGGCGAUUUGCUUCCUGGCACAGAGGAGGUACAAGUCCCUCUCCCUGCACGAGCAGGUGGAGCUCCUCAUUGACUUCGCGGAGUGCAACUUGGCUGCCCAGGACAAGAAGCGCGCCAGCUGUGACCAACGCGUGGCCCUGGUGACUUGCCACCAGAACAGGCUCCACCUUCGCCCGGCCACCGACAUGCUGGUCAAUUACAGAAGCUCCCGCCCAUGAAAGACUGCGUUUGCUGAUACGGAUUUAAAGGGAGGUUUAGACCACAUUCUAGUCCUUUGGGUAGCGUUAAUCUCAUAGCCUAUCUUGUCCUCCCAUUUUUUAUUUACUACGUCUGGGAUUGUGGGAUUUUGGAUUGCAGACACCAUCGCUUUGCCAUGUCCUUUCGUUGUUAGGAGGAGGUUUUUGAGGGUGCGCCGAGCCCUGGCGGCACCCUCAAACCCUACUUUGCCGGGACCGUGUCGUCUUUUUAUUCAGACAACAUGGAGUACACCACCAUUAUCCUCCGCAGUAGACCGGAAGUCUAAGAGGGCAUGUAAUUGGUGGUGUGUUAGCCAGGGCAUUUGGGUGUCCCCUAGUUUGUCCUGCAUUUCUUGUGUUGGUAGGGGUUUGUUAUUUUUGUAGAAGUCUGUUAGGUGGUAUAAGCCUUUGGUUUGCCAGGUUUUAAAUCUGGAGGUUUUGUGCUGCGUGAUGGAACAGCUGAGUCACUUUCUGACUCUCUCACAAGUUUGCUGCCUCACACUAACCAGAUGCAGGUGCAAGACAAGCACACCUGAAUUAACCCUUUGUUUCCCUUCUCUCUCUCUCUCUCUCUCUCUGCCAUAAACAGACAGGGCUCUCUUGCACCCCGGGCUGAUCACACAAUGAACUGACACUGGAGGAGGAAGAGUCCAGCCUUAGCCUCGCCUCACCGGAAAUUCUUCAAUUUGCCUGGAAUGAGGGAAGGGAGCUGGCUGCCCUUGAACUUCACACGUUGGGAGGGGUGGGCUUUGGAAUUGUGCACUAAAAUUAAAAAUUAAAAUCCUA